AUGUCGAAUACCGACUUCCUGGGCCGCGCGAUCGAGCAGGUCAAGAAGGCAAUUGAACUAGACACGGUGGGCGACUAUGACAAGGCAUAUCAACAGUACUACCAGGCACUGGAGCUAUUCAUGCUGGCGCUCAAAUGGGAGAAGAAUCAGAAGUCAAAGGAGAUGAUAAGGCAGAAGGCGGGCGAAUACAUGGAACGGGCAGAGAAACUCAAGAAUCAUUUGGCAGAACAGGACAACAAGCGGAAACCUGCGGCGAUGGGCGCCAAUGGCAAAGCAUCGAAUGGAGCGGGCAAGGGGAAAGAUGAGGAGGAUGAUCAGGAUCCUGAGUCGAAGAAGCUAAGAGGUGCGUUGGCUGGCGCGAUCUUGACGGAUAAGCCCAACAUCAAGUGGGAAGAUGUCGCUGGUCUGGAGGGAGCGAAAGAGGCGCUGAAGGAGGCGGUCAUAUUACCCAUCAAGUUUCCACAUCUCUUCACGGGCAAGCGACAACCUUGGAAAGGUAUAUUACUGUACGGGCCACCUGGUACGGGUAAAUCGUACCUGGCGAAGGCGGUGGCCACCGAGGCAAACAGCACUUUCUUCAGUGUGAGUUCGUCAGACCUGGUGAGCAAGUGGAUGGGAGAGUCAGAACGGUAAGGCAUAAGAGGUAGACUGGAGAGGAGGAGGAUUUGCUGACAUGGCUAGAUUGGUUAAACAACUGUUCAACCUGGCACGGGAGAACAAGCCCUCGAUUAUCUUCAUCGACGAAAUCGAUGCACUCUGUGGGCCCCGAGGCGAGGGCGAAUCAGAAGCUUCGCGACGUAUCAAGACAGAAUUGCUCGUGCAGAUGGACGGUGUUGGCAGGGACAGCAAGGGCGUGCUGAUACUCGGUGCGACAAAUAUCCCUUGGCAACUGGAUGCCGCUAUUCGAAGGCGAUUUCAGCGACGAGUACACAUCUCUCUACCAGACCAACCCGCGCGAAUGAAGAUGUUCGAACUUGCCGUCGGCUCAACACCUUGCGAACUUCAAGCAGACGAUUACAAGACACUAGCAAAGUACUCAGAAGGCUACUCGGGGAGUGACAUUUCGAUUGCAGUGCAAGAUGCGCUAAUGCAGCCGGUGCGCAAAAUUCAGACAGCGACACAUUACAAGAAGGUAAGUCUCUGUUCCGAAACCCCAGCAAAAAUCAAAGUCGCAGAAAGUUAUUCGGGGCCUAGAUUCACAGCGUACUGACUCCCACUCGCAGGUCGAGGUCGAUGGUCAACAAAAACUCACCCCGUGCUCACCAGGCGAUGAAGGCGCCGUCGAAAUGAGCUGGAACGAGGUGGAAACAGACCAACUCCUAGAACCUCCACUGCAAGUGAAGGAUUUCAUCAAAGCGAUCAAGAGCGCACGGCCUACUGUAUCGGGAGAAGAUCUCAAGAGGAACGAAGAAUGGACCAAGGAGUUCGGAAGUGAGGGCGCGUAGAAGCUUCCCUCCCGGGAUGUUGUAGAUGCGUGUCAUGGUUUUACUGCAUCGCGCAAAGGCGUUCUUUGGUUAUUAUUGUUGAGUUGAGAUAUGACAUCGGUCACGACAGCAAGCAGCAGCGUGGGAGUUUUUCUUUGGCGACUAUGGAUAUCGCCUCAAGAUUUUAAAAGAAGAAUACUUUACAAAAGCCCCAAUCCUUGCCGACGCCUUCCCUUUCACACAAGAGUCCAUCCUUGCCGACGCUUCCCCUCAUCACGAGAGUAGAUGCCAGCGAUCUAAGCCCGACCCAGAGUCCAAGCAAUCUGGACCUGCUUCCCUUUACUCACGUUGCAUGGCAUGUCUCCUGCGGUACCCACUUGCUUCGUGAUCGUUCCCUUGACGGAAGUAGUAGUACCCUGUUGCCACUUCUGGAUGGCAUCCUGAACCAGAUCAUGGAUAUCAGAGGUACCGAUGUAUCCGUGCUCUCCAGCAUUCACGGGUUGGGCGGAAAAGGCGCAGUCUCCGAAUUUGGCCAACUGUUUGGGGCCAUCGAUCCUCCAGGGACCGGUCUUGGGUGCGUUGUCGCGGAGCUUGUAGCAGUUGUCGAGCGUUGGGGCGAGGCUGGCGUCGCCAGUCACGGGGAUGAAGGAGGAGACACCGCAGGUGUUCUCGAAGCCGGUACCAGAGCCUGCGUUUGCGGGCAGGGCGGCUGGCGAGGCCGCGGCCAGGGUGAAGAGGAGGGCGGCGAAGGAGGCUGUGAACUGCAUGAUGAUGGUCUGGUGGUAAUUGGUAGGGACGGUUCGAAGCUGAGAUGUUGUUCGAAGGAGUGUAUUUUGUUUGGUUGAUCUGACCCUCUGCUCUCGCGGCUGGACGACUUCCUUUAUACUGACAUCUCCAGUAGUCGGCUUGGCCAAGCUGGCACAUGCUGGGAGCCGGAAUGUCGCCGGCAAUGUUGAUGUUGUAUCAAAAGCUCUAUUUCGAUCGUAUUCGAUAAGCACUUGCACUGGCGGUCAUCAUCUCCUUGGAAUACCGGUCUCGGGGAACAUCGACCCUUGUGAGGUUACUUGCAUUCAGUGGUCGCUCAACGAUGCGGCAGGUGAUUCCAUCUACGGCACUCUGCCAGAGGAGUGAAGCCGAUGCAGGCGUUUUAGCAUCACCAAUACCUAGUGGAUCGGUAUGCACGCUCGAAUAUUCGCGACUGCGAACAGAGAAACAGAAUGGCUCUCACUCAGGAAUCAGUAGCGUGUUUAAGCGAUCCGGAAGAACCGCUAUACGAAGUGCACGAGUGCAUUGGCUUCUCCAGAUGAUGGUCGACUGGUCAUAGGAGGCUAAGGUGGUAGACUGUGGACAAACCGAAGUCCCGGAUUACAACUAUAGAAUCCUGGGCAUUCCUACACUAUUUCGUUAGCGUUGUCCUGGCCUAUGAGUAAAAUAUCGGUAGAAUCGCGUGCCGUUGAAUCCGCGGCAGGCCUUAGAGACAUUGAUAUUAAUAAACGUGUUCACGCUUUCGGCGGUUUUCGACUAGCAUGGAGCCACGUGAAGAACCCGGUUGAUGUUGAAGUGCUUGAUGACGGUACACAGACUUGGUGACGAGAACGUCAUCAGCGUGCGGGCCAGGACCGACGCGAUGUCGCUGCUGCGAUGGGACGAGGCAAGGUCACAUCACGUAAGCUGUGGUGCCACCGCUUUCCUUCUCACACCCGCUUGGUCAUCCGCAGGAAAAAGCACAAGUGGAAUUGCCCGAAAGUACUUGGCAAGGCCUCGACCCCAAGCCAAGCUUCGUUUAUCGUUGUAGAAAUUGUCCGGUCCAUGAUCUUUCAGCCAAAUCCAUACGUACACAUCGUCGUGAAAGGUAAAUCGUAUCGUACACAGUGCAGCAGUAUCUCCGCCAACUCGUUCUGUAUGAGCUUUUCCUGGACGGAAAGACCCUGCUUUCAUCCUCCGGCUCUUCAGCGGUAUCAGCCUCCCGUGGGUACUUCGCUCUCGAAACCUUCCCUGAGCAGAACGAGCAAUACCACCUCCGCCAAGGACAUUGUCCAGCAGAUCCGAUCAGGAUUCGAACCUAUUCCAAGGCAAAGGCAACGAGCCCAAAGCCAGAAGCCACGAGGAUCAAACCGGCGCGCGCAGCGUUGAAGUAUCCCCACCUAGUCAAGAAGUGGACGGUGUUGCUCUUCUCCGCCUCUCUGUCGGGUGGGGCAUCUUCGUAUGGCUCAAUCAUCUCCUCAUCCCCAGACAGUCUCCUCAACUUGUGGACGAGAGGGCUCAUGAAGAAGGCGGUGAAAGGGAAGGCGGAGGCCAAUGCGCCGGCUGCCGCUGCGUAGUGCGUCCAGACCGGGUUGCCAACAUUGCGGGCACGGUAGGCGGCAAGGCCGAAGAGAGCGAUGUUUAUGAGCUCGAGGGCGGGGACGGUGCGAAAGUUCAGCUCAUCGUGUCUUGCGAAUUGCUGAGCUACAGCUUUGUAGGUGCCCGAGGAGCCGAGGGAGAACAUGAAGAGGUUGGAUUCGGAGGGCUGCGGCGUGAGACGGCCAUCGUUGGAUUGCGGCACUCGUAGACUGGAUGUGGGCCGUGAAGGCGGCUGAGAGGGAGAGGAGGGAUGGGGAUCGAGGGGGCGCAGGAGCGAAGGGAUGACGACGGCGGAUGUCUGGAUCUGGGUGGCAGCGACGGCGAAGGUGGAGGCCAAUGCGAGGCCCUUGACGGCGAUCCAGUUGCGGGAGUCGGUUGCCAUGUCUUGUUUAUUGAGGUAUUCGGGACGAAAGGAAGAUGGAAUGCAGGGCAGGAUUGUCUCCAGUGAAAGGGACAGACAUGGACGCUGCAGCUGAGCUACGUAAGGCUUACUAAGGCAUCCGUUGCUCGUAUCACACGUGAUUUCGCGAGGCAUCAAUCCCUCCUUAUCAUAUCAGAUCGUUCCCGAAUCACGUGCCGUAGCCGCCAGAUCUACGGAUCGAGAGGGACACACGGCACACACGGACUCUUCGUGUAUCGUGGUACGGACGACGUGAAUGGCUGACCCUCCUGCAGGAACCACAAUUGACCGAUCGGAUCGAGAUGGAUCUCGAUCCGUCCAUCUCGGAAAAGCGCGACUCAGGCACUGCUCCAGGAUGCAUCCUUCCCUGUCUCUAUCCAUUCCUUACAUACCAUGACCGACUGGACUUUCUUCACCUACAACGAUCCCACCCAGGCCAAGGACAAGGAGACACGCAAGAAGAUCCGCGGCCACGUCACCAAACGCCAGCAUGCCUUGAACAGAGUCCGAGGAUCCUCAGCCAAACCAGCGUCACGCCCGCGAACCCUGCAGCCACAGUACUCGGAUAGCGACACAGCCUCAUCUUCUGCCUCAGGAGCUUCCACUUCCUCGUCCUCCUCCAAGCACACUGUGCCCUCCACGUACUGUUCUACGUUCCAACUGGGGCCGCAUCUCGCCAGAUCCCGCGUCCCUCCCAAGCAGCACGAGUCGCGCCGGGUCCGGCAAAUACUACACCGUCAUGCGUCCUCUGAAGAGGAGCAUUGGGUCCACGUAACCCCCUCUUCCACUCCGGAGUACCUAUACUGCCCGGCCGUCACAAUCCCCCCUCCGACCAGCAGCGUCGACCUCAAUGUGGCCCCAGUGCCCCUCAAGCAGUGGUACGGGUGGCUAGAGGAUUACUGGUUCAACGGCACUCUACCCAAGGCAAAGCAGCGUCUCAAGGUCGACGAACAGCAACUGCAGCGUUACAUCUCAUGGCAGCGGCGUCAAGCAAUCUCCGAACCGGCAAUGUACUACAUGAUGCUGCUGCUUGCCACGGGUAUUCCGUAAGUUGGUCCUUUCACUCCGCUACCACGUAGCAUCACUGACACCCAUCUCCUUCCAAAUAGCGUUUCCAAUGGCCAGUUCCCAAUCGUGAAAGCGCUUUGGCUACGAGGCCGCACGGUACUCGCAAUUAACGAGGCGCUUUCAGAUCCCGAACGAAUGACAAGCGAUGCUCUGAUCCAGGCCGUUGGCCAGAUAGCCCUGCAUGAGCACAUCUACGGCGACAGAGCCGCAGCUCACGGCGUCCAUCGGCCUGCACAAAUGCGGUAAGCAAUCGGUGUUUGCGCCGUCUUACCCAUAAUAAAGUACCACGCAACUGACAUUCGCCGUCUACGCAGCAUGAUCAAUAUGCGUGGAGGCAUCAACAACUUGAAUCUAGCAACCGAAGUGAAACAGAUCAUGGUUUGGGCCGACAGACUCAUGGCAGCCGAGGCAGGUAACGAACCGUAUUUCAGAAAUCUCGUGGAUGGGUGGCAAGUAAAAGAAUACUCUGAUACAGAAGCUGUGGGUAUUACGAAUACUGCUUCUCCGUAUCGGAAUAGGCACCCGGGCUACUCUGGCUCGCCUGAACCAGAAGAUAUCGAUUGAUGAGUGUACCAGAGACCUUUGCAGAACGUUUACUUGUUGCUUCAGAGCACAGACCUUGGAGACUGCUUCCUUCUUGGCCUACCUGCAGAGUCGUAGCUCGCGAUCUACAGUAUGUUAUCUCCGAGGAAGGAUAGAUCGUCCCGAAAAGGUAUGUGUUCUGGGAGGUAGAGCAAUCGAUGCUACUUUCGCAUGACCCCUAUCCCACCGCUUACCGCGGUCUGUGAGGACAUUCGACGUACGGCCCCACCACUGUACGUCCCGGACAACUUCUUCUUGAUUGCUCGAGCCAGUGCUGGCCCUCUCGACAGAGAGCGGCUUUGGGUUCUCGAGGAUGUGGUCUGGAAGAAACAUAUUCACCUGCUUCGCAACAUCGUCGUCUACGGUCCGCUUGAUGCCCUGGAUUGGCUCUGUGAAGGAUGGCACCGGCAAGACCGACCAGAUGGCUAUUCAUGUCGCUGCGAAAAUGCUCGAGAGCGGCAUUCUCAACUUCGCGCGCUGAUGGUCUGGCAAUGCCCUUUGUUCUGCCUUACCACCGUGGGAAGAUCUGCGCCUGUAACCUCCAUCGCCUCGCCCCAAGCUUGGGCGAUAAUCGGAAAGAUGGACGUCGUCUGCUGGAGUUUGUCAAUGUCUCUGCAAUGAAUCGCGCUUCUGACGACGCCGAGACUUGAAUGCGUGCGGUUUGGCCAGUUUCAAACUUCGGUGCCGGUGUACUCCUGGCAGACCUCCACGCCCUUGCCGAUGCGAAGAGUUGAUACAUGGAAUUCAAUCCUAGCAGGCAGAUCUCAAGCUGUCAGCUUUGUGGUGUAAGCAAGGAAUUAUCGGGGAGGACGAUCCCCGUUGCAGUACGUCGGAUCUUGUACAGCAGAACACCAUUGGUGUUCUGAGUGUCUCGGCAACUCUCAAUGCUACGGGUCUGCCACUGAUGAUGGGACCGGUGUUGAUUGAGAGCAAGAGGGACUGUAAUACUCUGGAGCAAAAAGUCAGGCCAGCAUUGAUUUUCACUGGAUUUUACGGAUCAUUUUCAGUUCUCGUCUUGUUUUGACGGCCUCGUAUCGCUGAUGUCCUUACCGUGGUCCACUCAAGUACAGAUUCAGCAGGCUCAAUGAGGCUCUCUCACUCGUUCUCUGUUCCUAGUUCCCUACGAAACGAUCGGGCGACUUGGAUGCCUACUUCUCCUCCUUCUCCAAGCGGCCACGCUCUGAUCUAUCUUUCAUCCGUCCACAACUUCCCAUCCUCUCCAUUCACAAUCAAAUCUGCUUCCGUACUUGUCGGUGCAUAUCCACCAGCAGCAACUACUGCAGUCCCUUCAUCCAAGAAGCAAUCCUCCGCAUCAACGUAUUUCGGAUCGAAAUGGAAGAUCCUCACUUCGGCGUUUUUCCAUGGGUAAGUACUGAAACCUUGCGGCGAACCCGUGAUUGCUCUCAAGAUAUCCCCAUGGCCCACGAGUACGAUGUUCUUCUCUGGACGAUCGCGAAGGUAUUGGCGAACCCAUCUCGCGCGGUUCGCUAUGGCUUCGUGGUCCAUACUCCAGAAUCCGCGCUUGGAAGUCCAAUCUGGAGUCAGCGGGUCCAGAUUGAAUUCAGCGAACUCGGGAUCCUUCGAGAGCUCUUCUCUGGAGGAGCCAGUAUCGCAGGGGAAAUCGUUACAUUCCUGUGCUUGUGGGAGACAAAUUGCCUUGGGAAUUCCUCCGAGGCGUUGGACGGCAGGACCCCAGCCUAGCUUUGUGGUUUGGAGUGUUCUUUUGAGUGGAGAGGAGAUUAUGAGGUCUGCUUCCUCUUGUAGUUGAGGGAUCUGGGGUGCGAGCGAGGCUGCUUGUUUCUUUCCCAGUGGUGUUAGGGGAGCGUCAGGGACUAGGAUGUUGUUAGUUGGCUUGGCAGAGAAUGGCUUUUGGGGAGUGAAGACGUACUGCUGUAGUCCAAGCCUACGUUGUGCUCUGCUUGGGCGUGCCGCGUGAGGAUGAUGCGCGAGUUAGGCGCCAUUGUCGGGUUCCGGGAGACGGAAAAGAGAACAACGCGAGUUGUAUAGUCAAUCUAUGAGUUCAGAUAUGCCAAGGGAGAAAAAGUAUCCGAUGCGGCCAUAGUUUCGGUUGAAAGCUGACCCGAGAUCGAGGAAUCAGCCAAGAUCUGAUCCGAGAUCUGACCCCGAGACGAGGCGCUUCAGCUCCUUCUCCAAUGCCCUGCGUUUGGACGAAGCCAUUCUACUACAUCUUCCAUUCGCCAUGCGCACGGCCUCUCAACCAUCAUCUCUGAUGAUACCAGACUACGACGGAGAUGGAAAACAUCAUCAUGCAGGUCUCCGGCCUGUAUGCGUGCUUCCGCGUUCGUCCCGCCUGGCCACCCUGAAGACAACGAAGCAGCAAACACCUACCGUGUGAUCAACCGUAUUCUGGAGCGCCUCUCACUCGGCAUCUGCCAGCUCUUGGACACGACAGACACCAUGUCGAAAGUGAAGGGAGACCGCAAUCGUCCAUCUUCAAAGAGGCAUCCAAAAGCACGACUAAAGGACAACGCCAAUCAACACCAUGACCACGGCGAUGGCAAGAGCAAGAUCAGCAAGAUUCUGGCGAAAUCGAUAGUCCAGAUGGCAAGAGUGAACACCAGGAUCGAGGUGAUCAACGAAGCGUUGAGAACGGGCAAGGGCGAAGCAAGCAAUGGACUGGGAAAGAAGUCAGAGGACAGAUCUGCCGACGCUCUGCUACAAGCAUGCGAUCUGGGUCGGGGUAUACACCGCAGACUGGCAUCCUUGAGCGUACAGCAGAGCUCGAGAUCGACUCGUUCCGCGAUCGUACGACAGAAGAAGGAGAUGAUAGCAAGGCUGGGACAAACGAUGGCUGCUCUUACCAAACGAGAGUACCCUCUGACCUGGAAACGAUUGUUGAACCAGAGCUCGAGUCCACAAUGAAAAGCUAGUGACCUUAUCCACCCAGCACUGAAGCGCUGGAAUGGCCAGGAAAUUUUUGGAAAUUCCAUCGUAUCAAUUUCAUAGAGUGACCAGGUCAUUCGCCAAACCGCAUCAUGGGCCCGGCAAUGUCCUCACGAACGGACGACAUCACACGCAAAAUUUCUCUUCGCGCGGAAGAGAGCUCUGAUGACUGCAGAACCAGCUGUGCAGCCUUGUGGCGCCUAUCGAAGAGCACAAAAACAUCAACAUAUCGCAGAUCUCCGGUCAGCCUCCAACCACAACGCCGAUCGCCCAUUUGCCUCACGACGCUCUGACCUGUCCCCUUGGGCAUUGGAAAAUACCUCACAAAUCGUCGGGCGAAGAGCUGCUUACGGUCAAAGCUAUUUCGGCUGCUCUCGCUGACCGUAUGCUUUGACGCAUUAUGGGCAUUGUAGUGGGGUUUUCGCUUGCAGCGAGACACUUCGCGAGCACCAAUUUUGGAAUGGCUGCUCUCGUUUAGAUGUGCUCACUCGCUGGAGGCUGAGACGGUAGCAUCGCAGCCUAAAGGUCUUUUAUCGCACACUGGGCGGGCGCCACGGCUUUCCUAGACUUUGGACGCCAGGUUGUGAAAUAACGUUAGUGAUGGGGUUUCAAUCUACUUUGCAGUGACAAUAACUGUUAUGGAUAGGAAAGCCGAAUCCUCCUUCUCAUCACUCGGAGGUGUCUCAUGGCUUAACGACGUGCCCGAACGACCGAGACACGGGCCGUCUACUUUCGACAUUUCGCGCGCAUCUGGGUUUCACGACACCAUCCCGGCACUGCGACUCCCAUAGAGAUUGAAGCUGGUUUCUUGCACGCCAGCUAUUGCUGCCAGAAACAAGGCACCCUGACGACUGUUGAUGGCAUUGUCUCAGGACAUGCGAGGCGAACAGGAGUUUCUGUUGGUUCGCGGGAUCCAUGACCUGCGCCAACUUAUUCAUCACUUUAUCUGUCACUGCAAAGUCAACUGAGGUCCCAAAGAUGCGCAAGCAAGAAUGGUUAACCGCCAUCGCAGGGCUGGCCCCCACUAAUCGUCCAGGUCUUGCCCAAGCCGCUUGAUAAUGUCGAUGGCCGCUUGGAGGGAUUGGCUCACUAGCAUGUCUCCAUUCGACGCCGAGGGCCUUGACGCAUUGUGUAGAUGGAACUUCAAUCCGAUAGCCGACAGCCUCUGCUUUGAGGUAUACAAGCUUUCUGUCAUCGUCUUUCCCGGGGGUCAUGGUACGAUGCCGGCAACCUACGCUCUAAGUCGUUGAGAUCGUUCAGAUCUUCCCAUAACCGACCCAGCGCUUCCACUGAUGCCUGUUGAGGCAUGCUUGUGCCUUUCUGUGUUUGGAGCAUCCACCAGUUUGCUCGGAACAUGACCCGGUAAACGUCGGCAAGCCCUUAGGAAGGAAAUAAGGUGUGAUCACCUCUGGAGAAGAGACAAUCGAAGGAUGAGUCCCAGUCCUGCGCGGCAGUUCGAACGGUUGAAUGCAACUGCGAGAUAAUGACGAGAUUGAGUAUUCUACAUUCGGCCACGACGCGAUACAGCUUCAGCAGCGCAGGGUCUUGCAACACUCCAGGCUGGGAUAGCCGGCCGUCGAGCAUCGUUCGACACAUGUCAAAGAUCAUCACCGAACUGCUCGAGUCGCCAAGCUUCAGCGCCUACAACCUUGUCAGCGGUUCUCUUUCAUCGAAUCAUGUUCCCGACCUACCUCCAGAAGCCCCAGAAGUUCAUGACCGUCUAUGUGGAACCUUGGUGUGCCGCAUCUUGCAGCUCAACUUCCAAACGCUGUCUCACUUGGAUGACACAGUUCCAAUAGCUUUUGCCAGCUAGCCUGUAUGAGUCUCCAGUGAAUGUAAGACCGGAAGUGAAGGCGGGAAAUGCCACCAUGGCUUCGCGCACGAGGGGACUUUGGUUAUUAAAUGUACCAAGCAGGAUCACUUCUUCGAAUCCAGCCCUCGCGACCUUGGAGACUUGAGAUCUGAGGGCUAAGGGAGUCCUGACCGUCGGCUCCAUUUCGAACUCGCUCUGCAAUGGCGGAUAGCCGUUGUUCACGGUGAUGCGUAAGGGUGGCAUCUUCCUUCUCAAAUUUGUGGCCGUGAUAGCAGCGCUGAUACCGUCUCGAGGGCCAUCGCCACCAUUCUUCUCUCGUCUUACGCAUGCAAGCCGGAGUCGAGUGCAAUGUGUACACGUGGGCAGCGUUACGUCGCGUUUCUUCAUUCGAGCGACGCAAGUCAAACAGCCGGUCUUGCACUUCAGUUUCGCGGCAAUGAGCGGUAAGAGGAGUAUUACGCACAUAGUCUGCCGACGACGACGUCUCAAUGACGGCCAAAAUUUGAAUCUGAAGAAGCGGGCCAACAUGUCGGCUAUGAUCGUGGUUGACCGCUUGCUCACAUCCCCGUGGUUAUAUCAAGCCAAAUCCGAAGAACUGCAGCUAUCUCUGGCCGGCCUCGCAAUCGCCAAAACGAUGCAAGUGCAACUUACGGAGCUUCUACGGAUGUUGUACCGAAAGACUGAAUGAUAGAUGUGCGUGAAAGCUUCCACGAAGAUGCUUGUUCGAACGACAUACAAUCCGGGACCUAAUAAUUCGGUAAUCUUCAUCUUCAUGUCUCGGUCAGAUGCCAGAAUUGUUGAAGAUUUCUGGACUGGACCCAGACAAUGAAAACGCACAACGAGUCUUGCAGAGGAUGAGAGUCCGUUCCUGAGACACAUCAAAGUUGGCAGUUGGCUGACAUUGUUCCAGGAAGAGUGUGCUAUCGGAGCAAAUCGACUCAUUGCUGCAGUGCAGCGGCGAUUGAGCCGAAAUCAGGUCGUUUCGAACGAUGGAGCUGAGUUUUACCGUAAGGUUGACGAGGCUCCGCUUCGAGUAGAGAUCUCACGCACUUGUCAGAUUGCGUCUCCAGAGACGAGGACCAUCUAAGAUCGCGGCGGAAAUGAUCAUUUUAAUUGGGCCAUUGGAUGGAUGCUGUGGUAGCACCUUACUGAUCAUCGCUUUUGAAGAGACCCAAGGGAGUUAGACUUCUCCAGCCGAUCAGCUAUCACCCAGAACAGUCUGAGCUUGCUUAAGGUACACGGGGGCUGUGCAAAAUGCUCGACUACGGUAUCAUUUGCCAUUCCAAAACACAUGCGGUCUACAAGGAUCAGUUUAAGUCUGGAGGUGUCACGGCCCCAAAAUAUACAUAAGCCUACAGCAAGACCAAACAAACAAUCAAGCCAUGAGUCCAUAUAUGCCAGCUCUCGAGGUCUUCGCUCUGACCCUUCAUGAGAAGCUCGUAAUCCCUUUUGAUCAUCUCGGUGUAAUAAUGUUAAUUACCCUGGGUGCACUCUUGGAAAUAAAGCCUUGCGUCUAAAAAACUCGAGCUGUGGUGAACAUUACUGUCAGAGCCAUACCGCAGAAAUUCGAGAGCAACAAAUGCAUACCUAGCGACUAGUAGAUUGGUUUGAGACACGCCGAAGCUUCUUUCCAGUCACCUUCUUCGGAAUGUGUACGGCGCGAUCUGCCUUCAUUGGUCAACUGAUGCCGCCUUGCUGGUUCGCAUCAGUUCGUGUAACCAAAUUGUCUCUUCAACCGUAUUCAAACUCCCAGGCAUGAUUUUGUCAAGGCCAUAUCUUGCCGUCGUGUAUACAGCCCAAAGGGAAGUAUCUGGACUUGAAGCUCGAGUAGCGUCAACUACAAUCUUAUUUACUAUCCAAUUGAACUUACUGCAUAAUGCAUCUCUCAACGACCAUCGCUGCCCUUACCACAUUAGCUGCCAACGUUACUGGUAUCUAGACCCCUGGCUGAAAAGAGAGACUUCCCCGCCGACAUCCAUGUUUCCCGGGCUCGAGAGAACACGGCGCCAGCAGGAUACGGUUCAGCAGGUCCUUCGUUGACCUGAUCUUGGACGCCUAUCCAGACUUCACUGCCGAAGCAAUCAUUUUCAGCCCAAGGAGACUCCUCUUAUGCUACUCUUGGGCAAGCCGGUACAAAGAACAUUGCGAAUCAGACAAAUACUCUCAAGGUGUAAGUAUCGAUACCGGCCGAGGUUUCCCGUAAACUCAAGGCUGACAAUAGCCAGGCCCAAAUCGCUAACGACGCCCCUUGUGGAGGCGAUGAUACAAAUCAAGUAGUUACAAACACCACCUCGUUGCUGACAACGACGGCUGUAAUUCGUCAAAGUCAUUAUCUUAGCCGGCAAUCCUUGUAAUCCCCCGGCUGAGCUCUUUCACGACGGAACUUGCUCCCAGAAGGCGGACAGAGUGCGAUUAAGUUCAAGAGAUAUUUUUACCGCAAACCAACGAUAUCCAGAGUUUGACCCACGCCCUUCUGGCUUCCCUUGCCUCAACUCCCUCCGCUUGAUUCGAUUCUACUGCGAUGCAGCCGAUCCUCAUUGAUGUAACGGCAGCAAAGCCCCCACACAUCAGGGCUAUAGGAGCGAGUAUGGACAGAAUGCUUUGAACUCCGUGAAGAGCAAGCUUGGUUGAAGCGUCCAUUGAAAACCCUCGAUGCAGAUUUUUGCUAGAACGUGAGAUGCAAAAAGCACAUGUCUAGCACUCAAACAUCUUCAACGUACUGACGUUUAUCCUACUCCACUUCUUUCCCUCCAUCAAGCAGGAGAGGAAUUGGCUGGGCCAGUAGAUGUGAUAUAAGCACCACCAGGGGAGCGGAUCUUGAAAAUUGUAUGUUCCAUCCGUCCAGAAUAAGAGGUAGUUCAAGAAGCCGAGCCAGGAUCUGGAGAGUUGCUUGACGGUUAUUUGUCCGGUAAACACCUUUACGAAAGGCACUAUCACCCACUCUACUAAAUCGUGCCCUAUCCAAUAGUACUUCUUCGGUGAGAUAGGGGUCACUGGCUGGUUUGUAACCUCCUCGUGUUGGUCGAGCGAGGUAAGAUAAGCAUCGACCAUUUGCGGUGUAUCGUUGAAGAGGGCAACAGCUGUGUGUGCCCUCGGAUUGCACUCAAUUGGGUAGAGUACUAUCUGGUCCGAAACUGCGGGAGCUCCAUCCUCGACAAGGAAAUCAAAAGACAGAUGUCCGGUGAAGCUUCUUCCUCCCUUCUUAGUGUACUCUUCGGUAAAGUUCAGCAUAGCUUUGCUAAGAGCUGAAUCCGGCGCCAGAGCCUCGUAAUACAUCAACAACUCGGAUGACGGGCACGCAACGAAUGCCUUGACCUUGCCAUUAAUGACCAAGGAAUGCGUGCAGUAUUCUUUGCCUUGAAUGAACUGUUGAAGUAUCCACUGUGAUUUCUCGGAGAUCUUCAAUCGAGCUAGAUGAUUCCGCGUAUCGUACUCGGUAUUUCUGGGGAGUAAGGUCAUAUCUCCCCUGGCAGAGUCGUCCAUCCCGAUCGGCUUCAUAAUGUAUUUGCGUCCGGGUGGGGCUUGCUUGAGUGCCGCAAAGGCCUCACCCGGAGAGGAUACUGUGUGCGUGUCUGGAAUCGUUAGGCCUAGCUCCUUGGUGUGGCUCAUGAAAGAGUGCUUUUCAUGUAGCACCUGAGUCGUAGCAAGAUCAAACUGGAUAGCUUUGACGUUCGUUCGAUUCUCGAGGAUCUCCUUGGCCUCUCCAUCUUCCACCGCAGAUGCGACACCCGAGCAGCUGACCCAGAGAUCAACUCGCUCUUUGAGGACGACGUGGAGUAGCCCCUGGAUGUACGGUCCGGAGCCUAGUGUUGGGUUGGGCUUUUGAAGACGGUAGAACUUUGCCAAGGCCAGAGAGAGUCUCCCUGGAUUCACACUACGGCUAGGUUCAAAAUCCGCGCCGAUCACUCGAUGGCCGGCUUUGUGAAAGAGUCGGGCUAGUGCAAGUCCUUUGGUCAUACCAACACCCGUGACAAGAAUAGUACGCCGCGUGCUUGGUGGGUUGGCUGAGCUUCUACGCGUCCUCCUGGCGAGUCGAAAGAUCCAUCUGGCCACUAGGCUGACGAUGAGCACGGUCGUGUCCAGGGGAAGGAGGACCAGGCUUAGGAGUAUCAGCGAUAUGUUUUGCACGGCAUGUGCUCUUUGGGAGGAGCCCCCGUCCAGCAUAUCUCAAGUUAAAUCCGGGAGAGCAGAGCUCCGUCGUCGAAGGGUCGGUGCAGGCAGAGGGUGCAGCUUCUUGGCAGGAGGAGUAGUACGCUCUACUUCUCUCGCAGCUCUGCUCUGCUCGGAGAAUUUGCCCAUGUCCCAGCAGAGCGGAGGGGCGGCUGCGUUCUGAAAAGACAUUGGCUUCCAUCUCGCAUCUGAUUCGCCUGGACCCUGCAGGGGAAAAUCUAUUCGGUUUAGCGCACCAUAUCCGAUCGAUGAUGCUCCAUCAUCGUUAUGGAGACCGAACACUCUGAACGUCGGUGUCCUUGCUCACGCGAAAAGACUGUUUGAUUAUGCCUCGCACAGCUUCGGUGGCUCGUCUUGUUGCGCGUGUUGCGUGAUGAAGCUCAACGUGUUCGGGAGUAACCGAACAUUCACUGCAAAGUUGCCAUUUCGGGAAACUGCGAAGUUCAUCCGACGGAGCCAACAGCGUGCUAGUGGAGGGCCUGGAAACAAAGGACUGUUCCAGCCCCUCAAAUGAAAAGUCGCCCGCCUGGGGGAGGUCGCUCGAUGUUGUCCGCGGCGACAGGGAUCUGUUUACUUGUUGACGGGUAUCCCUUCUUGGAGAUGUCCGAGGACCAGGACCAUGCCAGAGAGAAGCCCGAAUGCGGAGAGCUCUGCACACAAUUCCUUGGUACAGACCCACCGAGGCGCUCACGAUGACGCGAACACUAGAUGAGAUGGACGUCCCCACUUUCAACAGCCUCUCGAUGCUGGCCAGAGCGCGGUAGACAUGCUCUAUUAGAGUCUUGGACCGUUCCGCGAGGACUGCAGGCCUGGAUCCGUCACCCACCAAGAAGCUGCUUUCACCAGUCUUGUCCUACGCAUUGUCAUGUGGGAAUCAACGCUCGCUGCGUCCGAGGUGAGAGAACUGGUAAAGUCGUCGGCGUCAUCUCCCGCGCCCAUCCAAACUCAAUCUACCCGAGAUAUGCACUAAGAUCUCGCAUUAGGAUCUGCCACUGCAAUGUCAUGAAACGUGGUGUCAGUGAACUGUGGUCGAGUGAUUGGCCGCUCCAGGUUUCCAUUACACCUUCCCCUCUCCAUGCGGGCCAUACGCCGACUUCGUCCAUUACAUCUUCUGCAUCCGAUGGCUUCGAUGGCGUGCGCAGCUAAGAAGACACAGAACGAGAUCAUUCGACAGGGUGGGGAGCGUCCCAGACUUGCAGGCUGCAGGACCCAAGCUCUUGCCGGAAAGUCUACGUCGAUGAAAUGUACCUGUCAAGGAUGAUGAAGCCUUUACAUCUGUUGAUCCGUCGAGUACCGCGAGCUUGGCUGCAUUAUUUGGUCACCGAGGUCGGCUGCUGAACGCGAAAAGCUGUCGAGCUCGCGUCUCCCAGAUCUCACGGCUUGCGUAUAUAUUGAUUCCCUGCCCUAUUCUCCAUCCCGAAGUCAGAUCGAGAUCCGUUGCCUCGAUCCAUUGCUGCCAAGUACAUUCGCUUCACAAGCCUUCUCUCAAGAUGUCUGACCUCAAAGCAACCGUGGCGGAGACCACAAAGGGAUUCCACGUGGAGGGAUACGAGAAGAUCGAGUACGACUUCUCCUUCAUUGAUGGCAUUUUCGAUGUCAACAAGAGCGAUCUUGCGGACUGCUACAAGAGAUGGGGCCGCUGUUUGGCGGUCAUGGAUAUGAACAUCUUCAACCUGUACGGGAAGCGCAUGCAGCGUUACUUCGAGCACCACAACAUUGAGCUUGACGUUCACAAGACCAUGAUUGGCGAGAAGGCGAAGAGUAUUGACACCUUCCUCUCGAUUGUCGACAGCAUGACCAAGUUUGGCAUUUACAGAAAGGUGGGUACAAUUGAUUCCCGCCCGGUUUCUCAUUCUGACUAUUGUGCAGGAGCCAGUGUUGGUCAUUGGGGGCGGUCUUGUUACUGAUGUGUGCGGGUAAGUUUGCCUUCCAUCACAUGCGCAAGGACAGACCCUUGCUUUUCGCCAAAUCCGAGCAAGACUAUUGAGGAGGCGACUCUGACUCUGCUCCAGGUUUGCUUGCGCAGCAUACCGCAGAAACACCAACUACAUUCGUAUCCCGACGACUGUUAUUGGCCUCAUUGAUGCUUCUGUCUCCAUCAAGGUCGCGGUAAACUACGGCAACUACAAGAACCGACUAGGAGCCUACCACGCGCCGAUUCACACGUUCCUCGACUUCACCUUCCUUCGAACUCUCCCGGAGGCACAGAUUCGAAAUGGAUUUGCAGAGCUCAUCAAGAUUAGCUCGUGUGCCCACCUCCCGACCUUCGACCUUCUCGACAAGUACUGUGAGCAGAUUAUCCAGACCGGAUUUGGCCGCACAGAUGGCGCUCCCGCAGAGGUCAAGGAUGCCUCAGACAAGAUCAACCGCGCUGGUAUUUUCGAGAUGCUGAAGCUUGAGACUCCAAACCUCCACGAGAUUGCGUUGGAUCGUGUGAUUGCUUACGGCCAUACGUGAGUGAUCCAAACACUGUCAAGCCACGAAAGACCUUCUGACCAUUGACAGCUGGUCCCCACUGCACGAGCUCGUGCCUGAAGUUCCACUUCGCCACGGCCACGCCAUCUCAAUCGACAUGGCAUACUCUGCCACUCUUGCGAACAUGAGAGGUAAUCUGCCAGACGCCGACUAUAAGCGACUGCUCAACCUGUUCUCGAGAGCCGGUCUCUCUAUGGACCACCACCAAUUCGACGAAGAAAUUCUCGACAAGGGUACCAAGGCUAUCCUGAGAACAAGAGACGGAAAGCUUCGAGCGGCUAUUCCAAGUCCACUAGGCAAGUGCGUAUUCUUGAAUGGUAUGCACCCACAACAUGCAAUUUAGAAGAUUCGUUGGUUGACAAGUUUCGAAGAUGUCGAUGAAGACGAGUUGAACGCUGCCCUGCGGAAGCACAAGGAGGUGAGAUCAACAGUACUCAUUCAUGGCGUUGGGCGCUGACAGCUCUGUAGAUCAUGAAGACUUACCCACGCAACGGAGAGGGCCUCGAGGCUUUCGUGGACUCUUCGGAUACUGGCUACACACUCAAUGACAAGCCCGUCGAGAGCAAUGGCAUGAGCAAUGGUUUGAAGAAGCUGAACGUGCUCAACGACGAUACAUCAUCCAAGUCGAAUGGCCAAAGUAAUGAGAUUCCUGUUGCGAAUGGUCACACAAUAGCUGACAAGGUCCAAGGCGCAAAAGCUGCGAACUACAACGCAUCUCGGCCAGAGGUAAGAGGAAACGUUGUUACAGCAUUGGAUAACUCGCUGACAUUGCUUCUAAGGGCGUUGACGGUCUGCAGAACGGCGCAUCCAACGGGCAUGUCGUCAAUGGAGCCAAUGGCCACACGAAUGGAGUGCAUUGAAUGAGAUGAACGCAUAUAAGAAAAGGGCGGUUUCUACUUUUGGUUGCUCAAAAAGUUCUGGAAAGAAGAUUUAGCUUCUAUAAUAUCCCAAUCAAAAUUCCUAGACCAUUGAAUAUUGCUCCCACGUUCCUCUGCUACCAGCAGCACCAGGUGCAAACCUUGCUCGAUAUACUACCAGCUGGUCAAUGAUGUCACCUGCGAAGAGUUUUAGUCACUCGGUACAAUUUCCGCUUUGUCUUUGUCAAACCUGUGGACAAUCCUACCAGCACCAGGGUUCUUCAAGUAGCGCUCAUCUCGUGACUUUACAGUCUAACGCCCAUCUCCCUACUCACUCUUCGUCAUCAUCUGGAAAUCAAUCUUUACACGAUGGGACCUCCUACCAAGCCCACAUACUUCACCUGCACUCUGGGGCAAGCAGCGGCGUACCAUCGAGGAUUGGACCGAAACAUCAACGACUUCAUCGAUCAGCAAGCAGACGAAAAUCCGGAGCUACCGGCUGUAGGAUUCUAUGUCCCGUCUCCAGAUUCGAACAAGCUUUGGCAACAUGAAGUCUUUACCUUUGGAGACGUCCAUCAAGGAUCAUGGGCUACAGCCGAAUCCAUCUUGAAUGUUGUGCACAUUCCCGAACGAGAGACAGUGGCCCUACUCUGCCCUAGCUCUGCCGACUUCUUGUUGAUGUGGCUUGCUCUUAUGAGGCUUGGGCAUCCGGUCUUGCUAAUUGCACCACAAUGCUCCCCAAGCGCAAUUGCUCAUCUUUGCAAACAGUGCGGAACCUCCGUCAUAUUCUGCGAUGAUAUCUAUAAAACUUUGGCGAGAGACGCAGCGGCAGCAGCGACAGACCUGGACUCACAGCUGCAGUCUCAGUCUCUGCCAUUCAUUGGAGGAUCCAGCGCUUUCCAAAUGUUCCACAAGAAAGUGACCAAGAAGCUGAUAUCGAUUGAGAUAUCCGAUACUGAGGUUGCAUAUCUCCAUCAUACCUCUGGUACUUCGACUGGAAUACCAAAGCCCAUACCUCAGUCACACCGAGCUGGAUGCGGAAUGUUGCCUCGACUCCACGGAGGACAAUAUGCAACUUUCACGACGACACCAUUGUAUCACGGAGGCAUUGCGGACCUUUUUAGGGCCUGGACCAGCAAUGCUUUGAUCUGGCUAUUUCCAGGAAAGGAAGCACCAAUCACAGCAUCCAACGUUGUGAGAUGCUUGGACUCCGCCAAAGCAUCGGAUACACCCACAGUGAAGUAUUUCUCAUCAGUGCCAUAUGUGCUUGAGAUGAUGGCGUCAGAGGAGAAGGGCUUGCAGUGGCUGCGAGACAUGGAUCUUGUGGGCGUCGGAGGAGCUGCCCUGCCGUCACAGAUUGGCGAUGACCUCGUGAGAAAAGGCGUCAAUCUUGUUUCUCGAUACGGUAGCGCAGAAUGUGGUUUCCUAAUGUCUUCACAUCGAGAUUACGAACAAGACAAGGAAUGGAUCUAUCUCAGGCAAGAGGAAGAUUCAAAGUAUCUACGUCUGGAGAAGAGGGAAGACGGAUGGUCUGAGCUGGUCGUCCUCCCGGGAUGGCCUCAUAUCGCCAAGACUAAUAGAGAAGACGGAUCCUUCGCCACGUCAGAUUUGUUCGCUCCUCACCCAACCAUAUUCAAUGCAUGGAAGUAUGCCGCCAGGGCUGAUUCCCAGCUUACACUGGUGACGGGAAAAAAGUUCGAUCCAUCUCCGUUGGAGUCAGCUAUGGCAGCAUCUUCGCCAUUGCUGCAAGAUGUGCUGGUCUUUGGAAAUGGCAUGCCUUACCCUGGUGCUUUACUUUUCCGCUCGAAACAAGGCGCGAGCUGCUCCGAUGAAGAAAUAGCAUCGAAAUUGUCCAGCACGGUGGAAGACUUGAAUCGUGAGAGCCAAAGUCAUGCUAGAAUCCCCAGAAAUAUGCUGGUCCCGAUGAUAUACACUGAGCAGCCGCUCGACAAAAGCAGUAAAGGUACGGUUUUGAGAGGCAAGGCAGAAGAACGCUAUGCUACCGAGAUCACAAGAGCUUAUGAAAAUGUGUCCACGACUAGCAAUGAGACCCCUGAUGACGAGGUCGAGAGGACGGUGCUAGACACGGUGGCGUCCGUCAUGCAGACGUCCAUCCAUGCUUCUGGCAAUCUAGGGCCAGAGACUGAUCUGUUCGCGUACGGUGUUGAUUCCGUAGCCUGCGUGCAAAUCAGACACGCAGCAUCUCGGCUUCUACCGAAAGAAAGUAGAGAGUUGCCAAUGACCAUUGUGCAGGAUUUGGGAACAAUUAGAGCGCUUAGCCAAAGGAUCCUAGACCUACGCCAUGGCAGGCAGCGCUCUGAUGAAGUUGAUCAGGAUCAGGAGCAGCUAAUGGAGAAGCUGGUCGUACAGUACAGCCAAAUUCCAACUCUAGGGCUCAAUGGGACUCUGCCGACGCCUCAAAGAAGUCUCGAGGACGAUGGAAAAGUCGUUCUUCUUACUGGCCCGACCGGCUCACUUGGAAGCCAUCUAUUCAGCCAGCUACUGAUUUCUCCCGAUGUUAGACACAUUCACCUGCUGCUGCGAGGAGCCACUCAAGACGCCGCCCGGGAGCGAAUUCUCAAGGCACUCGAGUCUAGGGAAUUAUUAAAGCCACCAGGCUUCGAGACCAAAGUGAGCAUCCAUACUUGCAAGCUCGCCGAAGCACGACUCGGCUUGGAAGGUGAUGUAUACGAGAAGCUCGCACUCGAAGUUGACGUCGUCUAUCACCUGGCUUGGGCAGUGGACUUCCUGCUGCCCCUUCAAGCGUUCGGGCAGCACUUUGCAGGGCUGCAAGCGCUCCUUGGCCUUUCAAAAGCACGCUCAAAAAGCACCCCAUGCAAGUUCAUCUUCUGCUCUAGCACGGCUUCCGUGGCUUCGUUCAACGGAGUUCAUCUUGGACAGCCCAUUCCGGAGCAGCUCCUCACAGAUCCGAAGGUCAGCGGUGGCAUCGGUUACGCUCGAUCCAAAUGGGUUGCCGAGAACAUCUGUCUCCGUGCAGUGGAUCUACGCUCACAUAUCAGUGUCGUCCGCGUUGGCCAAGUGAGCGGAGAUACAGAGCAUGGCAUCUGGAACAAGAGCGAAGCAUAUCCAUUGAUGCUUGCGAGUGCAAAGGUCACUGGAUGUCUGCCUGAUCUUCCAAAUGAGCUUGUUGAUUGGAUCCCAGUGGAUGUUGCUGCUACAGCCUUUGUCGAGCUGCUUCGUGAUGCUGACGAAGCGUCCGGGUCAGGGAUUCGCACAUUGCAUGUGCUGAACAAUGAUCGCACCACAACGUGGAACAUGCUCUUGGACAUGAUACGGAAGAACGCUAAGUUCGAGGUUGUGCCAGUGGAUGAAUGGCUGUCAAGACUAGAGGCAAUGCACAGCUCUAACUGUACCGAGGAGAGAAAGCACCCUUCACUGAAGCUGCUCGAUUUCUGGAGAAACGCAUACGGUAGCAGCACGGCUCAGUCAAAAGCUGCAAAGCGGGAGGUCGCGUACGAGAUGUCGUUGUCUCGCGAAGCAAUGCCUGUGCUUUCAAAAGUCAAACCCAUGUCGUCUGACUAUGCGCUCAAGCUUUGGAGAUGGUGUUGAGGAAGCAUCCGAGCAUUUCACGAGAGAGCUGAAAGUCUACUUGUUGCCAUUUGAUAUCGCUCAUUCUACCUCGAGUUGAACCCUCCCUUUGGAAAGCUUCCGUACGCUACUGUAUAAUCAAGAGCAUAGCCACGAGCCAGCAGAUUCUGCCUCAUUUGCUCGUCGCCGGUUGCUCUGAAGCCUCCCCAUACCCUCGUCCUCACUAGCCGAUGUCUCCUCCUCCAUCAUCUUCUGCUUCCUCACCAUCACAUCACUCACGAGCCUUUUCAUCCAAACCUGCAUACCCAUGUUCGCGCGUACCAAACGAUACGCCUUGUAAGCAUCGUGCUCCAUCGCCUUACGUCUAGGACUCGUAAUGCCGCGAUACUGUAGGGGCUUUCGAGAGAUGACGGAUACCGAUCUCGUGAAGCUCUCGAACCCUUUACGUUCCCACUUGGAAGCUCGGCCAAGUCGGAAUAUAGUCGACGAGCUGAAUGGUGGGCUCAGUUCGACCUCCAGGUCGGCUGACGCUUCUGAGACCGCGGGGUGCCGUAGACCUGGAAGACUAUGUCAGCGUCAUAGUCCAAAAGAGGGCCAUUGAGCGGCCUGAUUGUACCGUUUCAAUACCGACCCCAGAGGUCGAAGGGUUUCGCCCACCGUCGAUCUUUCUCCUGCUUCUCUUGCUCUUGAAUGGCUUUCCUCGAAAUUUGUUCGAUCUCGUUUAAUUCUGCAAAGAGCGCAGCUGAGAAUGCUUUGUCACUAGGGAGGUCGUCAUCAUCAUUGUCCUCGGCCUCCUUGGUUCGCUUCUUUGGUUGAUCCCCAACGACUCCGUCAUGAUCUGAGGAUCUCUUGCCCGGAUUGUCAUCCUUUGACUCUGCCUGGAUCAGAUCCGAGUCAAUUCGGCGGACCCAGAUGGCAAGCACCAUCGUCUUGGGAGCGGCAGUGCGCUGGUUUUCGAUGGUGAUCUUUCCUUUACGUCGAAGACUUCGACUUGUUGAGGAUCCAUAGCACCGUCGAAAUCGGUCGUCUCGUUCUGCGCUUGAAAACCCCGGGUCUUGUUGUAAACGAGGUAGCGUAGGUUCCAGCCUUAUCUGCGCUUGUAAUUGAACAGCCCCAGACCUUAACUCGAUCAUCCUCUGUGAGGUGACUCUCGGGGGCAUUUUCCUAUGAUGAUUCGUUAGUCAAUGCGACACAUAUCACCUUAUUUGCGCCAUUCUAGCGCGAUUCAACCUGGAAGUAAAAGAGAUAAGCAUCAAUAUACAAUUUCGCAGAGCGUAUCGCUUUAUCGAGGGGAUCUUCUGGGAACGUCUUCUCGGCAAAGUCUUCAAAAACCCACGUUUUGUCUUCCACGAACUUGUUUACCACAAGAUCGGUGAUCGCGAGCUUCUUAGUCUUAGCUAUCGUGACUUAACGAGAGCCCCUCGGAUAAUGAUCUUGUUCUCAAAAGAGUAGCGCUUAAGGCGUGAAUUUUGUGAUGUCGAUCGCUUUCGACUAAGCUUAGUAGCCGGCAAAUUAAUCAAAAUGGCAGCCAGUACUUGCUCCCGGAGUCUAUAGUGGUAGCAUUCGUCUCGAGACUGUUGCGCCGAAGAGAUAAAGUCAGCUACAGCUCGUAGAAGCCAGGAGCUGGACCGUGCUCGAGAGCAUGUGAAGAUGCAGCAUUGGCGGAAAGAUGCUAGAGUCAGCUGAGAAGCACAUAAGAGGAUGUUGCGAAUGCGACUCCAUUGUGUAUUGCAUGUGAUUUGAGCGUUCGUGUAGAGGUGCCUGAUAGAUAUCGUAAAUCGAAGGGUCAAUGAUAGUAGGUACCUUAGUAGUGAAUCUCCAGCAAAGCUGGAAUUUCGUCGGGCCGAGAAGUGUCCGUGCACCUUGAACUUGUACAACCUUCCGGUCUUGAGGCAACUCACCAUCUCACUUGCAACUUCGACUUGAUACCGCCGACAGGAUGGUCUGAUCUUCCACCACAAUUUCUUCGUCCUCCUCACUUGUAUCUGCGAUGGCGGCGACACACACCAUCACUGCGCUGAGGAGAUGGACCUGCCAGGACAGGCAGCUUCCUCCAGUCGACCACAUCAAGGCCAUUCACAUCUACGAUUUCGACAACACCCGUACGUCAUCUGAUGCGCUCGAGAAGCACCGAGGAACAAGGCUGAUCUCCUCUAGUGUUCGCCUCGCCUCUUCCGAAUAGACAGCUCUGGAACAGCGGAACAUGCGGUCAACUGCAAGCUCAAGAAUUCCUGUACAGUGGCGGAUGGUGGCAUAACCCGAAUAUCCUGGCGGCCACAGGUCAAGGUCUGGAGAAGGAAGAGUCAAGAGCUUGGGAAGGGUGCUGGAAUGAGAAGAUUGCGGAGCUCGUGCGGCUGUCUAGCGAGGACAAUGAGGUACUGUGUGUACUUCUGACAGGCAGGAGCGAGUCUGGCUUCUCGGACUUGAUCUUGCGCAUGGUCGCGGCCAAGAAGCUGGAGUUCGACAUGGUCUGCCUCAAGCCAAACUCGAGUCCUUCCGGCGAGAUCUUUUCCAGCACCAUGCUGUUCAAGCAAGCGCUGCUGCGCGAUAUUGUCUUCACAUACUGGCAGGCAGAGGAAAUGCGCAUCUACGAGGACCGCCCCAAGCAUGUCAAGGCCUUCCGCGACUACUUCACCGAUCUCAACCGGAUGCUCAUGACAGCUGUGUCCACCGAAGCUCUGCCGGUCCCCCGCAAGCCAUUCACGGCCGAAGUCAUCCCUGUCUGCGAUCAAGAGGCGAGCAUGGACCCUGUUGCAGAGGUUGCCGAGGUGCAGAAGAUGAUCAACGUCAACAAUCAAGCUAUCGUGGAUGGGAGCGCUCCUCGAGGAACGGUCCCGUAUAAGAUCAAGCGAUCUGUCUUCUACACUGGCUAUCUCAUCCCUCCACCUGACAUUGAGAAGUUGAGGUCGCUGGUCAAGCUGCCACAGAAUUGCCCGGAGCACGAGAUGAGGUAUCUUGCGAAUAACAUUCUCAUCACGCCACGUCCGGCUCCGCGGUCGAUUCUGGACAAGGUUGGUGGCAUUGGCGCCAAGGUAACCUGGCAGGUCACUGGCAUUGCCGUCCAUGAGCAGAGGGUUUGGGCCGCGCGUGUGCAGCCUAUCACAUCAGGUGUCAAGAUCUACACCGAGAACAACACUCCAUGCGUAGUUCUUGCGACUCGGCGGCAAGCGAAGCCCAUUGAGGCAAGCAAGAUACAGAAUUGGCAGCCUGUUCCACCCAAUCAAGCCUUCGAGUUCGAGACUACCGUGGGUGAGAAGGUACUUCUGCGUGUUGAGGAAGAAUACGAGAACGAGGACGACUAUGAAGCUUCCUUCCCGAACGCAAAGAACGCUCGAAAGCAUCCACGCGAGGAGGACUUUCCUCCACUCGGCAGCUCGAGGCAGGGCUCGAAAGCGCAAUCGCGGCAACAGCGAGGGGGCAAUCCUGGAUGGCAGAACAGAUCCAACGGCAUCGGCUUCGCGUCGCAUCGCGGCGGUGGUAAUGCAGGUCGUGGUGGCCAGCGAGGCGGUCAACAGGGCUUCCGAGGCAACCGCGGCAGGGGCGACGGCCGUGGAGGUGGCCGCGGAAGAGGUCGUGGAAGCUAUCGCAGCUUGGAUGAUAGCGUCGGACAGGGAUACGGAAGUGGUGGGAUGCAAUACUAGCAGCAUUGAUAUCCUUCGCCCGCUCCCAGCCCCGCUCGAAGGGCGCUUGAAGUUGCGCUUUUGCUAAUGGCGUUUCUAAAGCAGGGCUUCGCGCCAGCGGCGGAUAUCUAGAUCUGGAUCGGGCGUUCACUGGGAGGCGGAGGUCCGAAUACAUCGAUCUGCGGUAUUGAGAUCGACGGCGCGUUUGGUGUUACGGAACUCGAUCACGCCUGUCAGACGAAUGACGACGACAGAGGGGCAUUGCGGAUUGGCAUCAGUACUGUACAUGGUAUGGAGUGUGAAUGAUUAGCAUGGAGUCUGGCGUUGCACGGCUACCGAGAUAGCGACUGGCUCUAUUACUCGGAAGCAACCGUUGCUUUCUCUACCUCUCCUACGGAGUCGUUCUGAUCGAUUGUUCUUACUGUCUCUAAGUACCGACGUUUUCGUUGUGGAAGGAGGGCACAUGGGCCUCGGGCAACAUCUGACGUACUAUACUAGAUAUCUUACAAGUCGAUGGGUUGCGCAUGCUGCUCGGUUUACCCCGGUUGGCCGGAAAGCAGGCCAUGUCUAGAAAGUAUCGGACAAGGAAUCGCAAAGAGCGUAUAAAGAUUAAUAAAUUAUUAACAUCCUCGUUCAAAUAUCGCUUAAUACGUCCUACUUAUAGCGGCACUUAGUAUGUCCACGAAUACUUAGACUACUAGGAAGUGAAACAAGGCACGUUAAUUCUUCCCCGAAUUAUUUAACAGAAAUUAAUUACUUCGCUUUAACUCGAAUUUAUCUAGUAAUAGCUCUCUUUACUAGCGCCAAUUUAGUAACGUUAGACUUCUUCUUAACUUAGGUAAGAAGCUCUAUUAUUAUUUAUAUAUUUUUCUAGAGUAAAUAGGAAAAAGACUACUUUAUUAUUCUAGUAUUACUAACUAUUACUAAGAAUAUAGUUAAUACUGUAGCUACUUAUUAAUCUACAAACUUCUCUAAACUAGUUUAGGGCUAUUCUAUAGUUAAUACUUUAGUCUACUCGAGCUAGCUCUAGCCUACUAUUUAGAAGAAGAGAAAGGUAUUUAUCUAGUAUAAUUCGAGUUAUAGAACUACUACCUAUACCUAGUACUAGAAUAGUCUAGUCUACUUAAAGAGUUAUAUUACUAGAAAAGUCUUUUUUAUAGAUAUAAUUUAUAUAGAUAGAAGCCGUAUUAUCUUAUACUAUACGUCCGACUAGUAUUACUAGUCUACCUAGAGGAUCUAAUUAGCUACUAAACUUAUAGCUAAGACAUAGUCGUAGAUAUAUAAGAGAUAGAUUAUAAAACUACUAUAAGAAGAUUUUAAAAUGUAUUAGAUUUUAUAGUAUAUACUAUAGCUUAUACCUUAAGAGUAAUAUUUUCAGUCUUAACCUCUAGGACUAGUCUAUAUUUUACAUUUAUACCGUACUAUAUAUAUAAUAUAGUAAAUAGUACUAGUAACAGGGGGCACGGACGCUCUAUAAGGUACGUUAUACGUACCUUAGAAGCCCGAAAAAAGUCCAAAUUUACGCGUAUUUAGGGUAGGCUACGAACUACUUACUUAAGUAGGGUAACUAAGUUAUAAUAAGAGAGAAUACUAGCAUUUAGGCCUUACAUACAAGCUUACGAAUCUAUAAACCAUAGCUAUACUAUACUAUAUAGUUAAUAGAGUAAAUAGUAUUAGUAAAUAGGGGAUAUAGACAUACUAAAGUAGAUAAAACGUACCUUAGAGGCCUAUAGACAGUCUGCUCUCUAGGCUAGAGAUCUAGCGCCGUCGCUAGUUCUAGUAAAGCCGUAGCUAGUAUAAAAAACUAGAAAGAAACCUUAAUAUAGUAGUAGCUACUACUAUAUUCGACUCCGACGCCUAAUAUAAGCCUAUUCUAGGAAUAUUAAAUACUAAGCAAAGCCCCUCUACUUUCGUUAAAAACUCCGAGUUAUAAUAGACUUAGUAGAUAUAUCUAGAGAUCGGACAUAUAUAGAGAUUACCUAGUAGCGGACGCUCUACUUUAACUAAUAGUUAGAAGGGCUCCUUAACUAGGUAUAAAACAGACUAGUACUAGGCUUUAGAGUAGUAGCGGCUAUAAACAGGGUGUUUAGCACCUAAUAGUAGUAGGAAAAACACUACUAUAAUACUACGGAAAGCUAGAAGUACUACCUAGCUACUACUUAGGGACGGCCCCGCUCCUAGGUAUCUACUUAGGUAUCUAAGCCCCUACCUAUAGUAUCCUAGCGGAAUAUUUACAAUUAAAUUAAAAGGUAGGAGUAUCAGGAACGUAUAUAAAACAUUAUCGAAAACUAGCGUAAUUUAAUUAAAAGGGCGUAUAAUAGAGCUUAAGUAUAUAUCUAGAGAAUAUAUAAAGACCUCUCUCUCGUACAGGUAAGGACGUAAGGAGCGGAGAAAGAAGUAAGUCUUUAUACUACUAGUUAAACUACUUAUUCUUAACUUGUUUACUAACAUACCUACCUACUAUCUUAGCUACUACCUAAGCUAAUAGGGACGCUACUAGUUAUGCUAUAAUUUACUUUAUUAGCUAGAGUAUUUAGCUAGUAUAUAAUAUACUAUCUUAUACUACCUCUACGACCUAUAAAGACGCUCUAUAGCUAGCUACGGUACUUUUAUCUAGUGGAUAUAUACCUAUAUUAACUAGAUAUCUUUUAAUAGGUUGUAGUCCUACCCUAGAUCGCUAUAGAGCUAUUAAUAAUUUAAUUUAUAUUAAGCCUAUAAUAAGCCUGUAUUAGAAGGUAUACGGUAGUAUAGAGCGGAAAUAGGCUUAAUUGGAGUACCGUAUCUAGCCUUAGAGCGUCUAUAUAGGUCGCGGAAAUAGUAUUAGAAGUGGAGUAUAGUAUAUAAGCUAAAUGUCGUAGCUAGUAGAGUAGCUAUUAGAAUAAUAGAUAUCUAAAAGGUCUAAAAUAGAUACUUAGAUAGUAGCCCUACUACUAGAUAGCCUAAUCGGGUAACUAGCAGUUAUCUAGCAGUAGCUAAAUACUACUAAGAGCCCUAAGAAAAGCUAGGAGCAUUGCUUUACUAAUGCUUAAUGCUUAGGGGCGACCCUACUACUAGAUACCUUAUUAGGUAUCUAGCACCUACCUAAGAUAGCUAAAAAUUUAUAAUUAGGUUAACAGGUAGGGAUAUAAAGAAUACGUACGUACGAAAUAUGUCGUAAAAUAACUAUAUCACGUGUUACUAGCCGGUAAUAGAGUUUGCAAAAAUAUCUAAUAGAGUCCUCUUUCUUCCCUAAGGAGAAAGAUAAGUAAGUAACUCUUUCUAUAUUUAAUCUACCUACCUCCUCUUUACUUACUUUCCUACCUACCUGCCUUCUAUCUACUCUACUAGCUGUACUACUAUCUACUCUACUAGCUAUACUACUAGCUACUCUACUAGCUACGAUAUCUAGCUAGUAUACUAGGUCCCUAUAGUAUAACACUUCCUACACUAUCUCUACGAUCUACAGACGCUCUACGCCUAGCUACGGCACUACUAUUCGGUAUUAGACACUUUUAGCAGCCCUUGCGGCGGCUCUUGCAGCGGCCCUUUAUAACACCCCUCUAGUAGAGCUAAGGCUCUUAAUCUAGUAUAGCGUAUUCUAGUACUAAGUACUAAGAAAUCUGUCUCUUUGCCCUAUAAAUUAUAUAACCUAAGGCAGUAGUAGGUAUAUAGCUAUAGUAGAGGCGACUAAAGAGAACGAUCUCGAAGUAGUAUUACUACUCGGCCUUUACUAGCUACUCGGAGUAGAUAAACCGGUUAAAACGCGUCUAGAGCUAGUAGAAUAUAAGUCUUUUAACUAGUUAAUCGAUUCGUAGAGCAAUAGCGACUUUAAAAACCGGUAUAGGUACGUAGUAUACGUAUUAUUAUUAUUAUCAGGUUCUAAGAAGUGCUAAGAAGCUAGAAUAAGGUCGCUAUCGCUGUCGCUAACUUAUCGUUACUACCUUAGGUUUCGAAAAGUAGAGGCCCUAGAGCUCUACUUAGAACUAGGCCUAGAGUACUAUAAUUAUCGCAAUCGACAGCUAGUUACGCCGGAACUAGGCCUUAGCCUCGUGCUCUACUAACUCUCGUUUCCUAAUCGAUAGUAAGAAGUACUAAGACUCUUUGGAAGGAGCCCUAGAUAGCUUAGUAUCGCUUUUAUAGAUACUAUAUAAUUCCUCUAUAGGCGAUUCUAGCGGAUUAUAGACUAGUACUUAAGGCUCCGCUCCUAUCGACGACUAAAGGUAUUCGUACGAGCUAUUAGAAAGAGAGGUAUAGGUAGAUAUAUAUAGGGCUUUAUUAAUAGUUAUUUUUAAGGCUUUAGUAGGCCGAAGAAAGAGUAAAAGAGGAAGUACUCCGGGCACUAUAGAGGAUAUAGCUAUAAAUUUUAGACUAUUAUUACUCUAGAUAGCCUGAUUUCGAGCCUAGUAGGCCUAUAUAAUAGUAAAGAUAACGAUUAGCGUAUAUACUAGCUCUUAGGUAUAGAUAGGCGUAUAAAACGCCUUAUACUAUAGCGUAAUCGACAAUAGCUCUACCUCUAUAGUAACCCGGCUUAUUAGAGCUCUUUUAGAGUAAUAGCUCCCUUUAAACACUUACUUAGACGUUAAUUUCUUACUAGAAGUUAGCGUGCUUUUAAUAAAUAGCUCUCUCGUCUACGGAUUAAUAUAGAGUACCUAUUCGGACGUAUAAUAUAGCUAUAGACGUAUAAUACCUUCGCAAAGUAGCUUAAGAAUAGAUAGCAAGUAGUAGGGGCCUUUUAUAUCGUUACUAUACUACUUAUAAACUACUUUAUCUAUAUAUGCAGCUAGAAUAAGACAAGUAGAAAGUUCGGGCUUAAACUACCCUCUCUACGCUAGUAUCUAUACCCGGAUAACCCGGAAUAGGAUAAGGAAGUUAGCUAGUAUAGCUAGCUCUAUACUGCUUAUAUUAGAUAGCCUAGAACCUCGCUACUAGCGUAGUUCUAUAUACUAAGAGUUAUUAUCUUCUCCUACUAGGGCUAGCUCGGGUAUACUCGUAUAGCUAACUUUGUCUCUACUAAUUCGGCUUUAGGCUAUAUAUCUCUCUAGAACUAUUAUAUAUUUUCUUCUUUUAUUACGAAAGGUAGGUUUUAGGCUAUACUACACCUUCUAAAAAAAAGCACGAAAAUCCGAUAUAUAGUUAUCGAGAACGAGCGCUACGUAUAGGUUACUAGCAGUACUAGUAGCACUACCGAAAGCUCUAUACUUUAUACCGGUCGUAUAAAUCUACUACUACCUACUACCUUCCUUCUGCUAUCUACUACUCUACUACUAUAUAGACGAUUAUUAAGAAAAUACAUAAGCUCUAUUAGUUAAUUACGCGCUAUAAUAUAUCUUAAGAUAAAAGAAAUCUGUCUAUAGAUAGUAGUAUAGCAGCUAUAGAGAGGAAGCUUAAAACUAAUACUAACUUAUAGUAUUAGUAUCUAGCACUUAGAUAGCCCUCUAAGCUAGCUAUUACUAAGUUAAAACCGGCCUCUUCUUACUCCUUCCGCUUCUAACGCUCUUCUAAUAAUAGCGAUAGUAUAGUAUCUAGUUUAGAGCCUUAUAAAGCUUACUCUAUCUUUAAAGCGACUAAUUUAACCUUAAUAUAAGCGAUUUUAGCCGAGUUCUAGCUAAUAGUAACCGCUCCGCUCUUAUAGCGCUAAGUUAUCGCCUUAUAGAGCCUACUUAUAUCGCUCUAUAGCCUCUCGUCUUACUCUACUAGUAGUGCCUUACGCUUCUUCUUCUUCUACUACUAACUCUUCGUAGUAGGAGCUUAGCUAGUACGAGAGUCUAUAGAGGAACGUACUAAAGCGGACGGAGUCGCGUAGUAAGUAGGCGUAGGGGUAACUAAUACUAAUAAGCGUAAAGGAGUAGGUUAGUAGCCUUAAUUCGAAGGCCUUAUAGACAGCGGCAUUACUAUACGGUUACUUAGCUCUAUUAUCUUAUCGUCCUCGGAUUCGCUAUUAAGCUUAGCUAUAUUAGAGGCUUCUAUAACGUUAGUAGAGCUUAUAUUAGACUCUAAUUUAAGCUACUCUACUUUAGGUAUUAGCUCUUUAAAGGCCUAACUUUCGAGUAUUCGCUAGUAGUUACGGCGUAUUAUAUUAGCGGUAUCGUUUAGCCGCUUCUUACGCUCCUUCUUAAUAGCCUUUUUGCUCUUAAUACUAUUAAUAAUCUCUCUCUAUACCCUUAUUGCCUACCGGAAUCUAUUCUCUUCCUCUUCGCUAGUACUAGAGUUCUCUUAAGGGUUAAGGACUAGCCUCUACUUUAUUAUAAGGCGACUAAUAAUACGGCUUAAAGAGCCGUACUUAAUACUAGUUCUACGCUAAAACUUAGUAGACAUAUCCGGCUAGAAGCUAUUACCUAAUCUGUCUUUAAAAGUAACGUAAAUCUCGACGAGAAUACAGUACUCUAGCUUACUAAGGCCCUUCUUACUAGCACGUAUCUUUAUAGCACCUAGCUCGGCGUAUAUACUACUAGAAUCGGUACUAGUAGUAGUUAAAACCUCUGCUAUCUACUACUUUAUCCGAGCUAACUAUAACUCCUUCUUCUUCUUUAGCUGCCUUCUACCGGAUUGCGUAGGCGCGGUACUACCUGCCGAGGCAUUAACGUUCUUAAUCGAGGGUUAAACGGCCUACUAUAAGAGUGCUUGUAGGGCGAACUCGCUCGUUAAUUCGGUAUUAAGCAGGUAGGCUAUUAUACUGCUCGUAUUACUUAGAGGUCGCUUAGUAGUAGGUAUCUUACGCUAAGAUAGAUUAAGAGGAGUUUCUAUACUUCUAGGGCGUUCGUAGCGCGUAAGGGCAUUAUUUUAGUAUAUUAGAUCUAUAGCUAAUACGAGUAAUAGCUCUAAGAAGGCAUAUAUAGCUAUAUACGCGUAUACGACUAAGGUUAAGUACUUACUACUUACUUAGCAACACCAAACCGCUUUCGGCCUUAUAAAGGCCUUAACCUAACCGCUAUACUAGUAUAGCAGUCACGUUAAGGCAAGAGGCCUUACUAACCGGAUAUAGGUACUAAGACGCCUUACAAAGGCCGCUACAAGGGCCGCCGCAAGGGCUGCUAAAAGUGUCUAUUCCUACGCUAUAUACUACCGUACACCUCUAAAAAGUAGCUAAUAGCGUAGCUAGUAGCUAAGAUAGUAGGCAGGUAAGUAAAGAAUAAGUAAGUAGAUUAGUUAUAGAAAGGUUUGCUUAUACUAUCUCUGCUUCGGGGAGAAAGAGAUCUCUAUAUAUCCUCUAGAUAUAUUUGCAAACUCUAUUAUACGCUUAUAAGUUAAGGCAAUACUAGUUUUCGAGAUGUUUCGGGCGGAUUAUCGAUACCUAGACGUCGUAGCCUAAUAAUAGAUCUUUAGCUAGGUUGCUCUAGACAGGUAAUAAAUGCCUUAUUAGGUAUCUAGCGGUAGGGUCGCCCCUAACUAUUAACUAGGUAGUGCUCCCAGCCCUUCUUAGAGCUUUAGUAGUGUAUGCCUACUACUAGAUAUAUACUGGAUACCCGAUUACGCUUAUCUAGCGGCAGGGUUAUCUCCUGUGUAGCUAUAUUAGACCUUUAGGACGUUCUUUAUAUUCUAGAAACUCCCUUUAUUAUUAUUAGAGAUAAUUUUACUAGUAUUAUAGCGCCUUAAUUUGUCUAGAAGGUUGGAGAAUAGGUCCUCUAUAGUAAGAGUACUACUAUCCACUCUAUAGCCUUAUCUAAUAGUAGGAAUAAAGCUUCUCUAUUCCUUUAUAAGAUUGUUUCGAGUCUAGACAAUUGCUACUUUUUUUAGGUAGGUCUAUACUCUUAGCUUAAAGCUAAUCGUAUAGGCGGCGUAUAUUUAUAACAUAGGCCUCUAUACUAUCGCUAGCCUCUAGGCAUAUAGCGAAGGCAUAUAGCGAACAAUCCCUUUAGGAUAAGGUAUUUACUAUUAAAGCUAUUAGAGACGUAUAAGUCUUUAGAGAGCUCUAUACUUCCCAAGUAGUAGUAGAGUGCUAGAUCUAAAACCGGGGGUUUUCCUCUGCCGCUAAGCGAAUUAGAGCUAGUGCCUUAGUAAUAGUAUUAGUAUUUAUAUAGUAUAUAUUUCUAGUACCUCGUCUACCUCUUGUUUUACGAGUAGAGAGCGUAGCUUAAGUGCCUAUACUUCGUAGACAGGAUGCGCUUUAGCUUAAGGAGAGAGACUCUGUUUAGGUCUAAAGGUAAUCUCUAGAUAUAUAGAAAAUCUCUAUACUAACGCAGACUUUAAUUAGUUUCGUACGCGGUCUUUAGUACUUAUAGAUCCUAGUAGUAUAUAGUAGGCGUUCCUAAAGUAAGGGAUUCAGUAAGGCUUUAACUAAGCUCUAGAGUUUCCUAGUAAUAGAAUUUUCUCUUUUAUACUAAAUAUCUAUUUAUAUCUAAUCGUCCUUAUAUCUAACUUAAGUAGACGUUCGUAUAAUUCUUCUUCUCCUCCUCUAACCUAUAGGGUAUCUUCUAGUUUUAGGUAGAAUAGACCUAUUAUACGAGAUUGCUCGUGGACAGGAUCUUAUAUAACUAGGACAGCGUACUCUAGGCUCAUAUAAUUGCGUGUAGGCUUACAGUAUGAUAGCGUAGCUAUUUCUCCUACACUAUAGGACAAUCCUAGGUAGAUAGAAGGAGGCAACUAGAUAGUCUCUAUAGAGAUAGUAACUAUUAAGAUUCUACUACAGAUAUUAGUCCUUUCGCUUCUACUAGAAUAGUACUUUCCUUUCCUAAGGUUAAAGAUUUCUAUAUUAGAGGCUCUAUAGUCUCUAGGGGUAUUUAAUAAGCUUAGUAGGAUUUCUAGUAUAGGUAGAGCUUUAUAGCUACGCUAAGCUAGGCUUCUAACCUAUUAAAAGGUAUACGGUAGUAUUAAGCGUAGAUAGGCCGGAUAGAAGGGGUAUUAUAGCUAGCUAUAGAACAUCUAUAUAGGUCGUAGGAAAAGUAUAAGAAGUAUUAUAAGAUAGAGUAUAGUAUACUAGCUAAAUAGUAUAGCUAGGAGCGUAGCUAGUAGCUAAGAUAAUAGGCAGGUAGGUAGGUAAGUAAGUAAAGAGUAAUUAGAUAGAUUAGUAGUAGAAAGAUUUACUUGUCUAUCUCUCUUCUUAAGAGAGGGAGAGGUAUAUAUAUAUCCUCUAGAUGUAUUCGUAAAAUCUACUAUACACUCGUGUAGUAGAACUACGCUAGUGUCCUAUAUUUUUUAGGCGUGUUUUUAUACUUCUACCUUUUAACCUAAUUAUAGAUCCUUAGGUAGGUUGUACUAGCUAGGUACUAGAUACCUAAUUAGGUAUCUAGCGGCAGCAUAGCCUCUAAGUAUUACCUAGGCAGUACUCGUAGCCCUACUUACUCGUAGUAGUAACGCUAGCGAGAUAGUAGAUAGAGUAGCUAGCUAUAGCUAUACUAACUAUAAUAGGCUUAAACUCCUCGCUAACUUUAAGGGCUUAAGAGUAAAAGCUAUUAGACCUAUUACUAUCCCUCUAUACUUUAGGAAGAUAGGUAUCUCUUCCUACUAUCUAGAGGUAGUAAUCUUGUAACUACGCCUAAAAGCAGAGGUAGAGAUAGUAGAGCGUAGAGUAGUAGAAGUAAAAGUAAGAGUAAUACUACUACUACUAAAAGUAUAGUAGGCUAUACUACUACCUAUUCGUAUAUUUAAGUAUAAAAGUAGUACUAUUAUAGAAUACUAGACCUAGUACUCUACUAGUAACUUCCCUCUUUAUUUCGUAGUAUAGAGCUAUAGUAUACUAGCUAUACUUAAACUGUAAGUAAACUAGAAGCUUUAAUAGCUAUCUACUAGUAAAGAAUAGUAUAAAAGACUAGUAAGAGGCAUAGGCUAUAGAUUAGUAGUAUUAUAAAGGCUAUAGAAGCAUACUAUACUACUAUAGUAAGGGAAGAAGACGAAGUAGAGGUAAUAAUAUACAAAGCUAAAUAGGCAUCUACUCUAAAUUCUCGUAUUAGAUUAGCUACUUUAUAAAGGAUCUAGUAGCUUAAAUAUAAGCAUAAAGGUAUAAAGAAAGGCUUUCAGAGAGUAUUAUCUAAUAAGAUAUAGAUUAGUAUAGAUAUAAAAGCUUAUAGGUAGGGUAAUUUAAUAGAUUUACGUUAAGUAUAUUAUUUACUUUAAGCUAGCUAAACCCGCCUAUAGCGGUAAAGAGACUACUACGAGUAGAGCUUUAGUAGUGUUGCUCUACUACUAGUAGGUGCUUAAUACUCGAUUAGGCUAUUUAGCGGCGGAAUAUCCCCUUCUUAUCUAUUUUAGACCUUUCGAAUAACUCUAAUAUUAAGUAUUAUGCUAUAGAGUUCUAGUAUACUAGCUAAAUGUCGUAGCUAGUAGAGCAGUUAGUAGCGUAGCUAGUAGCUAAGAUAGUAGGCAGGUAAAUAGGUAGGUAAGUAGAGAGUAAGUAGGUAAACUACAUAUAGAAAGAGUCACUUAUCUUUUUCUCUUCUUAGGGGAGAAAGAGGUCUCUAUAUAUCCUCUAGAUAUAUCUGUAAACUCUAUUAUACGCUUGUAAAUUAAGACUGUAUUAGUUUAUAAGAUACCCUAGGCGUGUUUCUAAUACUUCUAUCGUGAAACUUAAUUGUAGACUCCUAUAUAGGUCGCUAUAGGUAGGUACUAGAUACCUAAUAAGGUAUCUAGUAGUAGAGUCGUUCCUAAGUAUUAGCUAUAUAGUGCUCCUAGCUCUCCUUAGAGCUCUAGUAGCAUUUUGAUACUACUAGAUAAACACUAGAUACCCGAUUAGGCUAUGUCUAGAGGCAGGUUUAUCUCCUAAGCUAUAUUUAGACCUCUGGAAUAUUCCUUAUAUUCUAAUAUAUAGUUCUUCUUUCUCUUUUUCCUAUUCUUUCUAGAGUAUUCUCUAAGGCUAGAGUAACGCCGCUAAGGUAGAGUAAGAGGAUCAGGUUAUAAUAGGAAGGUAUAACUUGCUUAUACCCUAGUAUAUAGACUACGCUAUUCUUCGUCUUCUUUCCUAACAUCGUUCGAAGUAUCCUCUUAUAAUAGGUAUAUUAGACCUAAUAUAAAAUCUAGAUCUCUAAUAAGAUCUUAUAUAACUAGGGAAGCGUACCCUUAUAGGGUUUUUAAGCUUAUAUUCGGGGGUCUGUGUAUAAGGGCUUAUGCUAGCACUCCCUCUCCUACUGUAUCUAAGCGUCUUUUACUCUACUCUCUAAGUAGCGCGCGGCGUACGACGACGACGAUAUUAGUAACAGGAGUGUGCUAUUUUAUAAGCUUAUAUACAUACUCUCUCUUAUACGCUAGGCCUGUUCUAGAGAUAUAAGAGGCGUAGAGUCUAUAAUCUCUAGUAAGUAGUAGUUAUAAAGAUUUUGCUAUAGCUACCGAUUCUUUCCCUUUAGCUAGAGUACUAUUAUUCUCCUAUAAGGUAUAGAGACUCUUUAUUAUAGUUUUUAAAGUCCCAAAAGGAUUAUAAUAGAUUAAGUAGAGUUUCCGGUAUAGUUAGUACUAUAGCUACGCUAGGCUAGACUCAUUAUCUCUCAAAAGGUAUACAGUAGUAAAGAGCGUAGCUAUACCGAAAAGGCAUAUUAUAGCUAGCUAUAGAAUGUCUAUAUAGGUUCUAGAGGUAGUAUAAGGUAGUAUAUAGUAUACUAGCUAAGUACUAUAGCUUUUAAAGUAGAUAAUAGUAUAAUCAGUAGUGGAGCUAGUAGCUACAGUAGUAGGUCAGUAGAUAGGUAAGUAAAUAAAGAGUACGUAUUUAAAUUAGUAUUUUAAAGUGUUACUUCCCUCUUCUCUUCUUACUAUCAGGAAAGAAAGGUAUUUUAUGUGUUCUCUAGAGAUAUUUAGAAACGCUGUUAUAUACUUAGUAGGUAAAUCGACGCUAAUUUCCGAUAGAUAUUAGGCGUAUCCUUAGCACUCCCACCUUAUAGGCUAAGUAUAUAUUCUUUGCUAAGUUAUCCUAGGUAGGUACUAGAUACCUAAGAGGGUAUUAAGUAGUAGGGUCGCGCCGGAGUAGUAGCUAGGUAGUACUUUUAGCAAAUUUAUAAAUAUCGUGCACCUAAGUUAUAUAUAUUAUACUUCGAUUAUCUAUCGAAGCAUUACCUACUACUACGCUAGGUAGCCGGCUAUACUUGAUAUAUAUCGUACGAGACUAGUAGCGAGCGACUCCCUCUUAUAGCGACCGACUCUCUCUCGUAGUAAAGACUCUUAUAGCGAUCGACUGUCUCGUAUAGUAACUAUAGUAGGCGAUAUUAGAAUAUACUAAAUAUUAUAAGAGGUCUGAAAUAGAUACUAAGAGGGUAAGCCUGCUACUAGACAGCCUAAUCCGGUAUCUAGCACUUAUAUAGUAGUGGGAGUAUACUACUAGAGCCCUAAGAGGAGCUAGGAGAAUUACCUUACUAAUGCUUAGGGGCGACCCUGCCGCUAGAUACCUAAUCAGGUAUCUAGCACCUACCUAGGACAACCUAGCUAAAAAUCCACGAUUAAUAUAGGAGGUAGAAGUAUUAGAAACACGUAUAAAACAUAUCUUAACCUAGCGAUACUUCAACUUACGAGCAUUUAAUGGAGUUUACGAAGAUGUCUAGAGGAUAUAUAGAGAUCUCUCUCUUUCUAGGGAGAAAGAUCAGUAAGUAACUCUUUCUAUAUUUAAUCUACUAACCUACUCCUCACUUACCUUUAUACCUACCCGCCUUCCUAUCUUAGCUACUAGGACACUGCUAGCUGCUCUACUAACUACGAUAUUUAGCUAGUAUACUAGAACUUUAUAGUAUUAUACUUCUUAACCUUCUCUACGAUCUCUACGGACGCUCUACGACUAGCUACGGCACUUCUAUCGGGCAUUCUUACUCUCCAUACUACUGCAUAGCUUCUAAUAGGCGACUUUAAUAGUAACUCCUAUCUAUACUUGAUUCUUUCAUAAUUUAUAGUCUAUACCUUACGAAAGAAAUUAACGUAGUAGCGAAAGAUCUAAAAGACUUCUCUACCUAUAUUUCGUCCGAACAAAUUGCCGCUUAUAGCUAGGUCCGUCCGUAUAAUAUAUAAAACAUAGGUAUACGAUAUCUUUAAUUCCUCUACUAUAGAGGUAACCUUACUACUAGACAGCCUAAUCGGGUAUCUAGUACCUAGAAGUAGCAGAAAAUUACUACUAGAGUAUAGUAGCAGGCUAGGGGCACUACCUAGCUACUGCUUAGGGGACGACCCUAAUGCUAGAUACCUAAGUAGGAUAUCUAGCACCUACUAAAUCCUAGUAUAGAUUCUACGAUUAAAGUAUAAGGUGGAUUUAUUAAGAAUACGUCUAUAAAUAAUUAGAAAUUAGCAUAGUAUUACCUGCUUAGCGUAUAAUAGAGUUCACAAAAAUAUCUAGAGGAUAUAUAGUUAGAUACCUUUCUCUACCCUAAGAAGAAGAGAAGUAAGUGAAUUUUCAUGCUACUAAUCUAACUACUUACCCUCUGCCUAUUUACCUACUACCUUAGCUACUAGCUACGCUACUAGCUAUACUACUACCUACUCUUCUAUCUAGUAUAUGUAUCUAUACUCUAUACUACUAUAAACCUUCGAAUAACUAGCUAGUCUACAGAAAGAUAGAAUAACUAGAUAAAGCUAUAGAGAAGUAUUGUAUCUAUUACCUUUAUAGAGACUAUAAUUAUAAAAAAAAAUUACUAAGUUUUAGUCCUCUUACUUUUAGAGAUAUAAACUUGUUCUUUAUUAAGGCUACAAAACUUAGUUUCUUUAAGUAUCUACUAGAGUAAGGUAUAUAGUCUAGUAUAUAUAGGUACUAUAUCUAUACUAUAGUAGGUCUAUAACCUCUUCGAAGGUAUACUAUUCUAUUAGAUUAUAAGUUACAUAGACAGAAAUAUUAUAGAUUAAUAAUAGGAAAUAUAGAAGUAUAUUCAAGGAUUAGUAGCGUAGCUAGUAUAUAGGUUAGUUAGAUAAGUAAGUAGAGAUAUAAGAGUUAGUUACUUCUUUUAUAUUCGAGUAAAAGACAUUUAUAAUCUCUAUUAUAGAUAUGUUCUAAAAGAAACCUUAUUAAAGAUUUACUUUAGCUUCUUCUCUAAGCUCUCUAUCCCUAAAUCGUAUCUUUAGGUUUAAUAUAUAGGGCCUAAUUAGGUACUAAAUACCUCUUCUUAGCGAUCUUGCUCUAGAUUCCUAGUUAAAGAUCUGAGAUUCUAGCUAGAGAAUAUCUAUAAGUAUAACUUAUAUACUAUUAGUAGAUAUAUAGCUAUAGAGUAAGUCGCUCGAAACUAUAUAAUAAGUACUCUAUAAGUAAGAUAGGUAAGUUUAGAGCUUAUUAACUAAUACUUAAUUCCCUAAGAAGUAGUUAAAUAGAUAGGAAAUUAGGACUACUAAUAAUAGUAGUACGAAUCUUAACAGGACGUCUUUAGAUAAGGAGGCUACGGAAAGGGUCUUAGUAGGAUAGUGUAGCGAAUGUGGCUCUCACUCCCAAGAUAGACUUCCCUCCGCCUGAAUCGAACCUACUCUAUGAAAAACUAAUUAUCCAGCCGUCGCCUUCUCGCUCGCCCUUUGCAUUCAAGCCGCCCCAGAGAACGACGCUCUUGGCAUCACCCGAGACGUCGCAGCCGAAGAAGGCGCGUGGUCCCGGGUGCACCUUGCCUUCACCCUCGAUCAUAUCUCCCGGAGGCUGCACUUCGACUUCAGCCCAGCUAUGCUCACCGGUAUCGUAGCCCAGCGUUGAUCGGAUAGCGUCCUUGAUCUUGGAAGGCUUAAGAGCUUCGCUGAUGUUCGUAGUCGCCUGGACUUCCGGCUGGCUCGACUCGAUCUGGUACGUCCAGAGAUCGCUCCACUGCGUUGGAUCCUCGGUCUCUUCGGGAGAGGCAGUCUCUGCUGUGGAGGCAUUCUGGCGGGCACCGAAAGCAUACAACAGGUAGUUUCUUCCGUACCCCGUCGAGAUAGGAAGCAGCAAGCCGCCUCGGCGAGGCCUUGGUCCAGGGGUUAGUGGGUUGGUAGGAAACGACUUCGAGUGCCACUCAGCUUUCUCGAAGUUGCUGGUGUUGAGCGAGUAUAGAUUACUGCUCAUAUUGUCUGCUCCCGAAACGAGGUAGAGAACGCUACCGGCCAUUGCUGCACUCGAGGUAGACACCGGGGCGGUCGGCAAAGGAGUCCACUUCUUCGACGCAUAGUGGAAGUGCCAUACAUCCUUGAGUUCCUGACCGUCUGCAUCGAAUCCUCCGUACAAGAUUAGACUGUUGUUGUGCUCGAAUAGCUUCGCCUCGCUGCGUUGGACAGGCGCGAUACUUGAGCUCUCGGCUUCCAGCUUCUCCCAGGCUUGCUUCGCCGUUACGUAGAGCCAUACGAAAGCCUCCGAAUCGACGAGCUUGCCAGAUUCGCUCACGCCACCGAAGAUCGCAACGCAGACAUUGAGCUUGCAUGCUGCGUGCUUGGUCCGAGCUGAUGGAACCGCUUGGCCGUCGACGUCUGCGACUGCCGGGAGAACCGAGUAAUGUGGCUCGGGUUUGCCGAUAUGCUCUAUCGUGACAGAGUGAAUCUCGCUGCUGGCGAGCAUGCCACUCGCAGUCUCUCCUCCAAAAACGUAUGCUCUGUUCUGAACGACAGUGACGGUAUGGUUUGAUCUGACGAGAGAAAGUCUUGCGGAGAUUAGCGAUGCAGCAAGGGAUGGAAAGCAGUUGUCGAUAUACUUGGUGUGGUCAUCCUUGGCGGUGGCGAUCUGCCUGAACGUAGCAUGGAGUGGCAUUGUUGGCUUGCUGACCUGGAUGGGAAGUUAGUGAAGUCGCGAAAGAUGCCGCAUCUUGAUCCGUAACCUACGGCGUAUGCGGCGACACCAGCCUGCGCAGUCGUUGACACGACUUCUUCGGCGGCCCAAAGACCUGCUGCUGCUUCUGCUGCCAUUUUGUCAGGGUGGUGUCGUUAUUGUUGUUGUUGUUGUUGUUGUUGUCUGUCCAAGGGCGAAUACACAAGACUUGGGGGGGGCCCCAAAGCACCGCGGGCGUGGAUUCUGAUGUCAUGUGUCCCGUGCACGACGUUGUGCGUCUUCAGUUAAUGUAUGAAUUAUAGUACUUGGAUACCCCGCAACCUGAGGCCUUCUUUCUUGAACAUUCACCUCGACCCCCGACUACUACUAGUGCUCUUCUCACAUGAAAGUGCUGACUGUCCGCUUGAGUCAUUCGAUUGGGCAUGUCGUGCCCUGGCUCCGUUGUCCUCCGAUGCGAUGCGAUGCGGAGUACUGCACAGAGACCGGAACAUCAGGUCUUGGCCUUGGCUCAGUUCCAUCGCCCUUACUAAAGGUAUCGUUCUUCGGCAACAGUGUUUGGACGUGUAAGUGAUAUCCAAGGAUGAAGCUCUCUGCAGAAUGGUGAUGCGCAAGCUUCCUCUUUGGGAAUUCAGCAACAGGGCAUUCCCUGGCCCUCCGCGAUCGACUUUGAUAAGCUCGCGCCAGCUCCAUCUUCUGUCCUCUCUCACUCCAGCCAUUGCGCAUGCAGCCAUUGCGCCGAGCGGACGAGCACCCUGUCAAUCCGUACGCGGAAUGAUGCUGCGCAAGACGAUGAGGCCGGGACGGGCGGGAACUCUACCCGGGCCUGCAUCUUGGCCACACCUCAGCUGCACCUUCCUGCAGUCCUCCUUCCUGUCCGAGCAAAGCGUCUCCAAUCAAGCGCAAUCAACCUCCAACUGAUGAUCGGCGGGGAAAUGAUGGAACAGAUACGACAAGCGAUGUGAGUGCAGCCGGUACGUUGAUAGUAAUCCUCAUUCUCGUCACUUUCACUCAUUUCUCCUCUCCAUCAAGCCUUCUGCCGGGGCACAUUCGAGCACGAUGAUCUAUGGCAUGAUUGUCUUUCUCCCACUACUCUGGACGACUGUGUGCAAUGCAUGGCCGCCGCAAUGGCCCAAACCUCACCGUAUAGACUGGCCUGCGCAGGAGACAUGGCCUGGCUGGUGAGUGAACCAAAACUUAUGCGUAUAUCUAGACACAGAAAGCUUGCUGCUUGGGAAUGUCUCGCAAAUGAUUCCGGGCCACGUGCGAGUCUUGCGGAGCGUAUACUUCGCAAGUGAAGCCAGACGGGGACGGGAAGCCAAGGGGCACGUCUUCCACAGUCAGCUCAUUCCUUACAGGCCGAAACCAAGUCUGUACACACCCGAACAGCCUACCGCGACGACCUGGCCUAAGCAGCAUCCGGGCAAACCGAGUGUUACUCCAUCUCUGACCACACAACCUACGCCGCCAAGCUACACUUCACCCACCACAACUCCAAGCAGCUACGCGAGUGACAAUGCGUGUGACAGCAUCAGAAUCCUCCAGGCCUCCACUACCAGCACGACUCCGAAGGCCACCGCGACCGUGCCUGCACAGCUGGCUUAUGAGUGCGUAAACAGCGUGCCUUUCAACUCUUCUGCGGCAGGCAGGUCUCGUUGAAACAGACUUGGAAGGAUGAGUUCGUUGACACGAGUGAUGCAGUCGCGCUCAUGGACUCCAUACGACCCUAUCUCGACUGGCAAACCACCAUUCAAUGGCUCAAAGAUCCGCCAGCCGAGUACGCGGAGAAGAUCCAACCACCAUACGACUUCUAUGCCGAAUUCAAGCGCAUCUAUUCCAAGGCCUCUGCGAACGACUAUUCGAACGAGUACUCCUUUGGAAACGAUCUGUACACAGCUUUUCAGGCUGCUCACGAUGGUCAUUUCGCCAUCUACCCAGAUAGUUUUACCGGUGUCUUCUCGUAUGGUCGUACCACGCCUUUGGUUUCUGUGUCUCUGGAUGGGAAGAGCAUACCCCAGGUAUAUGUUUAUCAGGAUGUCCUGAGUAGUGUGGUGGAAAACGCAACUUUUACCCCGAGUCCCUUGGUCGAGAUUGAUGGCCAGAACAGCACAGAUUAUCUUCUCAGGUGGGCUUCUUACGGUAGCCUGCAGGACCCAGACGCUCUUUGGAACAACAUGUUCUACCUUUUGCAGCAAGUUUCCCUGGGCAGUGGAGGGACGGGAACGGGCACAUUCGCCGGCGGUGGGCGUGGCAGAUGGAUGUACCCUGGUCCAAGCACAACUCUCACUUUCGCGAAUGGCACGAGCAUCACGAGCGAGAACUUUGCGCGGGUACUGGUCAGCUUUGAGAACAUCACCAGUGGUCCGGAUAUCUACAAAGAAUUCUUCACACCAACGCCAUCCGACAUCGAAUCUGCCGAGGCAUUAGCUACUUCCACGACGUCCUCGGCGUCCUCGACGUCCACCUCUGCUUCGUCUACAAUGUCGACUGUGAUCCCCGCGCCGGGUUAUCCGACUCCUGUGGUUCGGGAGAUGUCGAAUCUCAACUCCGGGUACUUUUUGGAAGGCGCGGGAUAUGACGAUGUCGCUGUGCUCAGCAUCGCUUCGUUCGUCAGCAGUGAUGCGGAUGAGAUGUCCUUUCAAGAGGUCAAUACCUACCUCCUUGAUCAGGCUGUCGCCAGUGAGUAUGACUGCAUGGAAUAGACGUUCCAAAUCUAAGCCUUGGUAGAAAACAAAACGAAACUCAUCAUCGAUGUCUCAGCCAACGGCGGAGGGACCAUUCUACAAGGCUACGAUGUCUUCAAACAACUAUUUCCGCAAAUCUUGCCGUAUGGUGCCUCGCGGUUCCGAGCUCAUGAGGCUUUCGAUCUGAUCGGACAGGAGAUCAGCCAUUUCUCGGGGCUUGUCCCGAGAAAUUUGACGACGGUAUGUAAGCAAGCUUCUUCGUAUAUUGUCUGGACGAUCGGACUGACCGACGACACUUCAGCUCACUGAUACGGCAGCAGAUCUCGUCUCGUCCACGUUCAACUACCGAACUGAUGCGGACGUCGACUACGAGCCUUUCACCUCCUGGCCAGACAAAUUCGGACCUCAGACCUUCGGACCAGGGCCAGACAACUAUACGAACAUCGUCCGGUGGAAUUUGAGCGAUGUGUUGACGCCUCUCAACUCGGGUGGUAUUGUCGUAAGUCCGCCAUGCCUUCUGCGUGUAGUCGAUGAGGCUAAUCAGUUUUAGGUCUCGGGGUACCUGAAUAGGACCAAUGUUACGAUGCAGCCAUUCAAGGUAGACGGGAUUAGCUCAGUGGAGAUCAACAUUUGCUGACUUGGCCAAGGCGGAGGACAUCGUUGUCGUGACAGAUGGCUACUGCGCUUCGACCUGUACAAUCUUUAGCGAACUCUUACGACAGCAAGGUAAGAUCAUGCUCAUCAGCCCUGCGAUUUAUCGGAGUUCCGCUAACAGCAUACUUGUUAGCGGGGGUGAAAUUCGUCAACCUCGGCGGCCGCCCAAACAAAGCCAUUACUCAAGCAAUAGGCGGCGUGAAAGGCACCAACGACUACCCCUACGCCGACAUCCUCGGGCUCGCCGAAGUACCCUUCCAAUAUCGAUACAUCCAUGAUGCCGCCUUCUACAAUCAGUCCGCUCUCGGCGCAUAUAAUGACCUCGUGCUCUACCGCACAGUAAAGAGUGUGGUGAACAGCAGAGAUGGUUUCCGAGAAAACGAUCCGAGUAAUGUACCGCUACAGUUCCAGUAUGAAGCGGCCGAUUGUAGACUGUAUUAUACGCCUGAGAUGGCCGUGGAUCAGACUGCGACCUGGAAGACGGUCGCGGAUGUGGCGUUCAAUGGUGUUGAGGGGUGUGUCGCCGGCAGUCUUGGUUCCAGUGGAGGAGGGUACGGUGGUGGGAAGAACGGGUAUGAAAAGAAGAAGAAGGAGCGAUGGCCUGUUGGAAAGCAGCAUGCUGUGCGACGGGACAUGAACCUGGAAGAGCACUUUACGGCAAUUAAGGAGACGUGGACAGAGAAGAAUGGUAUUGUGCCGGGAGGAGAUGGUUACAUGGUCUUGUAGAGAAAAGCAACAAGUACUCAACACCUCCAAUUAUUUUAAAUGCACCAUGUCUGGCCGUAAGCAAAGCACAUCGACACCCAAAGGAAUCUUCUCUCAUCGCUUGGUGGCAAGGUAUUUACAUCGAAUCAUGCAUCAUCACUACAUGCACGCGUUGUACGGGUCUUACGACGGCGCAAUGCCAUUGGUAAUACUCUCGUUCCAGAAGUUUCCUCCAACCGGCUCGCCCAAUCCUCCACGUCGAGUAUACGUAUCCCACGUCCUCUCACCAGGGGAAAUAGGGCUACAGCAUGAGAGCGUUCAAGAACACAAUGAUUCGACACUGGCCAUUACCACCAAUGAUUGCUUCACAGAUGAAGAUGCGGAGACGUUCUUGUGAUCAAACGAUCAGCUUCAUCUCCUCGGCCAAUGCACAACAAUCGCUUCCAAUUUUGCCUUGACCUAAGUACGAACUGAUGUGUACCUCGCAAUGACGACGUGGAGAUAAGGGUCGAGACUACCUCAUGCUGGUACAAUGCUUAGAACCGUUGACGUCCCGACACACUCCCGAAUCAAGAUGGCUGUGUCGGGAUCUGCCUCGUCCCUCUCUUUGCUUGUCUCACUUCGUUGAUUGCUCUCCUGCUCUUUCGUCGACCUGAACUAUCCGAAUAUCAGCCUCGGAAAUAUCGACAUCCCUACCCAACCACUCCGUCUCUGCCCGUAAGCUCGAGACCAGCAGCUCCCUCACGAUGUUCACGGUCUCAUGGAGCAUAGCGAUCCUGGACUCAUACUUGCACUUUGAAAACUCCACCCUCACGCUUCGCAGUUCUCUCCCGUGUACCAGGCCGGCAAACUGCUCAUAGGCAAAGGAAUCCGGGCAACACUCUGCAUUAACGUCGAAAUGGAGCCUGGCCUUUUGCACCGACGGAAACAUCUCCCACACUCUAGUCCAAUGUCUCUCCAGCCUGUCUGUCGCUCGACGAGCGCCAUUGGAGACCUUCGCCACUGUAAGAUGCGUGGAAGUGGUGAAGACAAUCUGCUUCACGUGUUCACAGGCAUAUCCUGGCAGAUAGGUCUCGAUAUGGCUCAAAUUCCCACGCACAUGCCUUGGCGGGUCUCGCUCUGGUAGAAAGACCCGCAAUUCGAAAGAAUUGUACAGGACCGGCAUGGCCUCGGCGAAGAUUGUCUUGUUCAAGCGGAGGAUUUGGGCGCCGCGGAUUGCUAUACAACUGCAGUGUAUGCGGUGAUCGCGCAUGUAAUUUCCAUAUGCGAAGCCGGGCCAGCAGGUGUACAUCUCAUGGGGUAAGGUACAGCAGUGAGGGAGGAGUGCAACCUUGCCGUCGUCGGCGCAGGGGAUGGCGCAGGGUGAGGCCGGUGGUGGAUCGGCCGGGGCGAAGAGGAACUCGUAGAUCUUGAGGCGGAGCUCGGUCGGCAGGCCCAUGAAGGAUGCGCGCUGCGGGGACUCCUGCUUUCCAGACUCAUGGCGGCUGUGACGCUGUAGAUCGAGGCUGGCAGGACUUCUUGGAAUAGUCGCACGGCUGUUUGCAGCGACAGUAGCGUCCGACUUUGGCCGUACACCGAGUGACUUGCGGCGUAUCGGCGGUGGAAGCAUCAUGCAGAGGACGAGUGCUGGAUGUGGUCGGCGAAGGCGGAUGAUGUUGAAGAGGAAGGUAACUCAAGCAGCCAAGCCAAGAUGACCUCGAAAAUGGACUUUUCCGAUGGCGUUUGACGCUAACCGAAACUAGUCUCGGCGUCAUGUGCCGAACCAAGAUGCAGGCCAUAGCUUGCUCUAUCCACCCACGACAUUGUCCGACUGGCCAGCUGGCUUCCGUUUGGAGAUGACUGUGCACUUCCCGGUCACGUUCAAGAGCUCUUGUAGCUUACUUGCCAUUCGUCGACACCAAAUACUGAAUUACCGCAGGCUUGCAUGGGGAACAUCAGCAGUCAUGCGGGACAAGAAGGAUGCACCAGGCGAUGUAUGCGGUCAAGCAUUCACAAAAGCAUCGCCAACGGCAAGAGUGAGCAUACCCAUCUCGGCCUCUCAGGAAUAAUACACUCGGAUUCCCGGGCGGUCUUACAAGCAAGAUGGCUACGGGUAAGAAUGUUCCGUCUGUCUGGAUUGAGAUCAUCCAUGGAAGUUGCUGGACCAGCACAGCAUGUCGUCUCCGUUACCAAGAUUUGGAGAAAGCUCGGUACAGAUGGUGUGCACCUACCAGCGAGAGAGCCUGACGCACAGCGGCAAGUUGAAGUCUGUUGGUGGGAGAGGACAUGAAGAGCUUAUUAUGUUCUACCGGUUUUCAGCGGGAAUAUGGAAUAAAAGUGAGUGGUAGAUCAAGCAGUCAUUCACCACCUGUAGGCUUUGGAGUAGAGCCAGAGUAAUCACGGUUGCAUUUUCCGAGAGCAAGUGUGCUUCACUAAACGAAGAAGUGAAGUCUUCGUACGGCGACUGCACGGCGAUAUAGUACGCCGUACUGUUCACGGGCCGAGCCCGUAGCUUCCAUUGCAUGACAUCUACGAUUGACGACGAUUGACUUUCGGAGAGACGACGAUUGGACAUCUCACUCGGCAUGUUUCUGCGCUUCUUAACUCUUUCCUCUCUCCAGUAUCACCACCAUCAACGAUAACAACUCCCACAUACGUAGCCACCGAGAUACCUCUUGAUUGAGUGUGUCUAUUGUCGCUGCAAGCUAGGGACAAGAUGGCCUCGAAGCAAGUCCUCUCGCGGACAGCCACCAAAGCAGUCCCAGCUGGAAAGCGAUCCUCAUCGAGUCGAGCCAACUUCCUCGCCCAGCAAGCGGCAGCAACGCGGAUUGCCAGCGUCUCUUAUCAAGCACGAGCGCACCGGAAGCAACGACAAUUGUACCGAUCGAUCCUCACCAUUGCCUUUGCUGGAGGACUUGCCACAGCAUCGCAGUUCUACAUCAAUAAUGGCAGCUUUUCCCGGCAAGCACAUGCCGAGACGCCACCAAAGGAUGAGGAGGAUGAGGAGAAUCGACUGGUGUUUGAGGAGUCGAGAAAGAAGACUGGCGCAAGCAAGGAAGAGAACAGGGACAUGAUCUCCAGCCAGCAUCACCAGGUGAAGCGAUCCUGGGAGGCUCCAGGCGUGUAUGCUUGGGGCAGCAACAGUGGUCGGGUAGUGGCGCCGGACAGCUCAGAGGCUGUUGUAAAGACGCCCAGGCGGAUACCAUUCUUUGAUGGGAAGCUUCUGAGGGACAUCAAGCUUGACCGGUCCUUCGGCGCUGCGAUUGAUGAGAAGGGAGAUUUGUAUCAGUGGGGCACAGGGUAUGCGCAGGACAUCAAGGAGCCCGUAAAGACAUUGAGAGGGAAGAAUUUGGUCGCGUUGACGACGUCAAAGGACAGAAUACUUGGGUUGGGAGGUAACGGAAAGGUGUACAGCGUACCAGUGUCGGCAGAGGAUCAGCAAAGUGGAGCGAAGCCUUCUGAGGGGAGCUGGAUUCCGUUCUGGGGAGGCUCAAGCGCGAUCUCAUAUCGCUUGGUGUCGCCACAAAACCUUGGAUACUCAGAGAAGGUCACGUCGAUAGCUGGCGGCCUAGAGCACGCCUUGAUGGUCACAUCGAAAGGACGUGUCUUCUCCGCCGCUUCUGCAUCCGACAGCUUCCCUUCCAGGGGCCAGCUCGGCAUUCCUGGGUUGACUUGGGCAACCAGGCCAGAAGGUCCUUUCGACCAGCCACACGAGAUCAUAACUCUUCGUGGGUUUCACGUCUCGAGAGUCGCAUGUGGUGACUACCAUUCGUUGGUCUUGGACAAGGAAGGACGAGUGUUUUCAUGGGGCGACAACAGCUCUGGUCAACUCGGCUUUGACUACAACCCUGAAUCGUCCAUUGUAGACGCGCCUUCACUCCUGUCCACCCAAAGGCUCUACUCUGGAUCAUCGCAGACUCCUCGCGUUACAGACAUUGCAGCUGGUGGAAGCAACAGCUACAUCACUGUGGACGCCACCCGAGUAGCAUCGCCCAAGGACGACGAGAGGGAUCCGAGGACAAGACUCAGCAUUGGUCGUAUCACAGCCGAUACUUUUGCCUUUGGCAGCGGCAUCAUGGGCAAUCUGGCAAACAGUCGAUGGACCCAUGUGCAAGGUACACCUUCCAGGAUUCCCACACUAUCCGGCCUUUUCGAAUAUGACGAGAAGACGAAUACCACCGUACCCAUCCGAUUGGCCCACCUCAGCGUUGGCGCUACACACGCCGCAGCUGUCAUGAAGAACAUCACCUACACCUCCGCAUCCGAUAAGACGAGCAACGACGACACUAACUGGGGAGCCGAUGUCGUCUUCUGGGGCGGCAAUGAGCAUUAUCAACUUGGAACCGGCAGGCGGAACAAUGUAUCGACGCCCAUCUACAUUCAGCCGUUGGAUCUGGAAGCCGAAGUAAAGCGGGCGAAGAAGAGCUCGGGAGGAAGGGAAGAGCACCGGUUUCACGUCACACCUCGGACGACCGCCAAGCUCGGAGACGGGAGGAAAGUGAGCGUGGAGCAACGGGUUGAAUGCGGUAGGAAUGUCACUGCAGUCUACUCUGGAACGUAGCAAAAUGAUGGAACGUAGGGGUCUUGAAGAGACACAACCACCUGUUCCUGUAUGAGCAUGUAGCGCAGGCAGUACAGGCGCUCUCGGUUGCUUUCAUGAUCUUGUAGAUUCUAGAAGACGAGCGUCAUGAAUCCAAGCUCAUACAUUGAAUCAUCCUCACCUCUCAAACCGUCGCGCCUUCUUCAGAUGCAUUUUGCUCGUCACGUGCCAGUGGUUAUGUUCGCUGUUCUGCCAUUCCCUACGUUACGUAUUCGCAUCGCAAGAAGCAAGCGGUAGCUCCUUCCGCAUUAGGAAGGGUCCGUGCGUCGCGCAGCUUGAGGCAAUGUCUACUCCUUAUCCACUUUCACCUCAAUCCUCUCUUUGCAAAUUACACACACCAAACACAUCACAGGAAAACAUGGAAGAGCCAGCAACCGCGAGGAAAGACAGUAUCAUUGAGGAGUUCGCUGCCCUGGCAGUCGAGGAGACUUGCCCGUUCCUUGACAAGGUAGCGCAACCCAAGAGCAAUGAGGCGGAUGCUGUGCUAACAAAGAGACAGCUCCCAGCGGAGAUCCGAGUCAAAAUCUACAAGCUCUUGUUGCUUCCACCGCCAGCGACUCGAGUGGAGUGCUCUGAAGCCUCUGUGGAGGGGAGGGUCUGUUCCCCUGGCAGCCGUCUUCUCUCAAGCACCUGCAAACCACAGCUUUCCACCUUGCGCUCGGUGGGCUGCGGCAGCUGUAAGCACCGUGGAGAAGAUGUGCACACAGCCAUUCUACGCACGAAUAAGCAAGUCUUCCAGGAGGCGAUGGCUGUGCUCUAUGAGAAUACACAGCUGGUCUUCCGCAUCAAAAGCUUCCCCAACGGAUACUGUGCACUCAUGAAUCCAAUGGCAGCAUGGGCGCCCCGCAGAGACGACCGGAUCAAACGCCUCACAAUUGCAGUGGGAGCGGAUCUGGUCAGCUACGAUAACGCUACGCCUCACUACCUCAACACCUGGAAUGGUGCCAUUCAUUCAGCCGCCAACUUCGCCAAAGCACUCCUCCCGAACCUCAAUGUGUUGAAUGUACACAUCGACUUCGACAUGUUAGCAUGGAACGAGAACCAAAGCUUUGAGGUUUUGAAAGAAUUGGCCGAGUUGGAGGUGGAAUACUUCGUCGUGGAUGUGCACGUCACCCGUGCCAUGGCCGAGCCGUCGCCUGGCUGGGCGGUGGCCAUCACUUCACGAGAGGGGCACGAGGAAUUUGGGCGUCACCUGGAUAACUGGUGCCAAGAGAUGCGAAAGCAUAUAAUCAAGGUCAUGGGUGCGGACCUGGCGGCUGAGGGCAAAGAAUUGGUGGUGCGGGAGGCGUGAUGGGCGAAUUCGGGAGGCGUGAUGGGCGAAUUCGCGAGGCCGGCAGCAGCGGCACAACUGCAAGUCCCGAGAGGGGUAUCGGAUGCUUAGACGGCAUCACAGCUUCAAAUUGGCAUAGGCAAGGACCAGAUACCUCGCGGAUUGUCUGUUGCCAAAAGACGAGGUCGAGUUGACUUUUGGGUUCGAUCACAUGUAAACGGUUUCAAUCACGUGAUUCGCGUGCGCGCGCGCGCUCAAGGUGCCGCCAACAGCGUGAUGCCGCCGCCAAUAGUCUAGAGAGUAUCCUAAGGCUCCAAAGUUGAUUCACUGGCUCAUGUUCUGCUGUGAAUGCAAAGUCGAUGCAGGCGUGAUCGUGGCUGUUCGCUCGCCACACUGCUUGCUACUGUUCUCGGGUAUAACAGACACACGUGCGCACGGCGCUCGCUAGGAUCUGAUUGUAGCUGUGCUGCUGCAGUCCCCGCCGUGCCGCCAAUAGCAGCGUUUGUUGUGAUGCGUCCAAGUCGUGAGGACCGAGUUUGGACUAGCGCGAGUGAGAAUGGCACUAGCGCAGUCGCGUCUUUAAAGUCGUUUCAUUUCGCCCCCAACUUCUCUCUUUCCUUUCUUUCUUCAACAUCGAGUUCCCCCUCGACCAUCAACACCAACACCCGACAACCACCGUUAACACCAUCACCAUCACCAUCACCAUCACCACGACCACGACGCCCACGACGCAAAAUCAAGCGUCACCCUGGACAAGUUCCGGUGACCUCCUCCCCUUUUCACUGCCUACUCACUGCACACCCCUUUCCCAAGCUUGCUUCUCCCGGCUCGCUGCCCCGCUGAUCCUGCACGAGUCAAGAUUCGCUCCGGCGACAGUUAGUUUUCACAGCCCAAGGGUGCCGUGCCGGCGGCGGUGAAGGGUCUGAUGGAGCAGAUGAAGUGAAGGGCUGGCGAUGAAUAGGCGUGCCACCUCCGCCGAAAGUCUGUCGGAUCCCGACGUACUGGAAUGCUCCACACCAGACAGCUGGAAAAUUUCUACAUGCGCCGGCAUCUCUCGUGUCCUUGGCCCGUGAGCUCUGCCACGGAGUGCGCUUGGCGAACGGCCAUGGCUUGCCACAGUCGACACCUGAGUAUGGCCCGUCCGGGGGUUGUGCGUGCUUUCGUAAUGGCUGUUGACGCUCGCCGGGCUCUGUCACAGAGUCACCGAUCACGGCACACGACCGUCGCAGUAUGCGUUGCUGGCAGGGAAUGGUAACGUCAAAACCUGGGCAUAGAUGGUGUUCCGUCCCAUAAUUCGGUCCCGGUCUCCCGCGGGGCGAAGACGCGUUACCGCAUCGCAUGAGCAUUGCACUCCGCUCAUGGGGUGUCAGACGUAGAGCCUGUAACACCAUGGGCCGAUUGGCACAGAGGAGGAGAGGGAGGAAGAUGUGAGAUGCUUGAGGGUUGCGCAACCAGAGAGUGUGGCGCCUCUGGUUGCAGCCCCGAUAGCAGGCGAGGCCGACAACACGACCGACACCAGCAACACGUUACGGGAGGGGGGAGACUCGAGAGGGGCUCCGUUCAGAGGUUGACAGUCUUUUGACCACUUCCAUGGCUGUCAUCCGUAUCAGGAGUUUCUCAGAUUGAGGCGCCAAGUGUUUGUUGCAUCCUUCGGGGUCUGCAUGCUUGCGUGUGAGCCGGGCGGAAAGCUGCCAUCUCUGUCAAUCGACCUUGUGUCGAGAGGUCAGUCUGACUGCUGGCCCAACAUAUCAACACAUUCUCGGUGACUUUCAACAAGGUAUGUUGUCAUCAUGUUCCCCGCUGACACAUGACUUACAUCGUCGCAGCUACCACGAGGUCGGUUUAGACCAUCUGCCAGGAGUUCAUACUCCGAUCCUCUCAGAGGUUCAUCGGGCACUCUUUCAUUUUUUUUUUCAUCACUUCGUCGGCGCUCGCGCUGGAGGCUGGAGAAGAAGCAGUGACCUCGUCGAGGCUGAAGUCGUGACUGAUUCAUGCUCAUCCCAGCUAUCACCCCAGAUUUCGCCGCCUCAGCCCAGCCUACGCUUUGCACGUCGCUGUCGACUCCAUGCACAUGUUUCGUUGUCUUGUCUCAUGUCUUUGUUCUCAUCGUGCCGUCUCUUCGUUGCCUUUGAGGCUGUCGCAUCCCGCCCUGCAACGAUUCCUCGGUCUUUCUAUACGCGGUCAGUCGUGCACCGGCGACGGUCUGCGGUGGCAGAUCUGGAGAGCUUGGUCAUCCGGGCGUUGCUUCAUCUCGUCACGUCGGCGAUGACAUCCUGAUAGAUUCCAAUGGUACGCGCUUGCGCAUGGCACAUGCAUACUGUACUGUAGGUAGUUUGCUGAAGGACGCAGGAGAAGCGAGGAGAGGUCUGCCACAGGCGCGAGGGAAGCGCGUGCCAUGCGCGAGGGAAGGCAGUUCUUCCUUUCCGACUGCAGGCUUCUUUCAUACAUAUAUCCAUCACCAUUUGUUCCUUGCCACAUCGGGCAUUGAAGAUGAGUGAUGCCGAAACCAAGAGGUGAACAUCUUAAUGGCAUGGUUGCUGAAAGUGCGACGAGUCCCGACGGCAAAGUCCGGAGCGGUUCAAAAUUCUUCGUGUUCAGAGCUUCCUGAUAAUGACCAAACGCCUGCAAUGCUCGCACCGACGCGCUCUGCCAAAGCAACACAAUGUCCUACCGGACCUUUCCAGAAAGCCAGCAGUGUUCGAUACACAUUCCAAGACCAUCCUCAUGCCUAUACGUAUCAUCUCAUCUCUCGUCCAGACCCGUCUGAUCCCAAAAGCACUUGCAAGCCAUCCAGUCGUGUCUCGUUUCUGUCAUUUUUCAUAAGGUCCCAAGCAAGAUAAUCUCAAGCAGCACCAUUCUGCGACGCACCCGCCGUCGCAUCCCUAAUCUGCAUUCUUGCUGUGAACUGCUCACGCAUCACUUCGUAGAGGAAAUGGAACUGGCCUUCGCCCUGAACCAUCAUCAUGCGCUGUUGGCGUAGGUUGUCGACGGUCUCGGCGAUGGGAUCGCUCUCUGGUGCCAGGUUGUCCAGCUGACCGGAAUGGAGCAGACUGAGGAGGUAGUCGAGUGCGAUGAAAGUGCCAGAGCGGCCUACGCCGGCCGAGCAGUGGAUGAUGCGUGGGUUAUCUUGAUCUGUGGCUGCGAGAUCGGCUGCGAAGGAGGAGCCGUUGGUGUGGGAUGCCGUGUCGGCAGAAGAUGGGCGGUUGAGUGAUGCUGAUAGUCGGACAAGCUCAACGAGAGCUGCGCGGUCAUCGCCCUCUGGAACAAGGAAAUCGGGCCAGCCCGAGAAUAGCAAAUGCCGUAUCUCUUUCGUCUCCCUCCUGCCAUCCCGGGUCGUGGUCCGUAGUUGCAGCUUUCUUACCUCGCUCCGACUCUUCUCAUCCACCUCCACGCUCUCCAACUCGACGUGCCCCUGAAAACCGUCCCCAAUGCUCUCGUCAGGCGAUAUGACCAAUGGAUUCUCCCCUUUCGACAACGGAUAGUAUUGAAAGCAUUUCUCCCGUCCGGCCUCGUGUGUCUGCGUGAGCAUGACCACCACGGCUGGGCUCUUGAGCUCCGCAGCCACCAUGCGGUAGAAAUGAUUGACGCUGGUAUCCUUCGGUCCCUGUGUAGCGAUAUACCGUCUCUUGCCCAACUGGAUCGGCGAGGCAUUGAUGUAGUCGUUGACGCCGGCAGCCACCCUCAACUUGAUUCGGUUCUGCGCAAAGGGCUCGACGUUGAGGUAUCGGUUACGGGCAGCUACCGUGUCACCGCUGAGGCGAGCCCAUGGUGAGCCGGGAUGGGACUCCCUGAGCGGCUGCUGGGUGCCCUCGAGGAGACGAUUCCGCUGCUGCCAUUCGAGGUCCACGAACUUGUUCUUCAGGUCUAGAACGGUCAAAUGUUAGUUAGCGUAUUGAUUGAUCGUGAUUGGAGAAGUACCCGCCUGAUCUCGUCUGUGUCAGGAAGGCGGGCAGAUAUGUGCUGUCAGGACGAUGGUGGUGGGCCAUGUGUCGGAUGGGUGCAGACGGGGCAUGCGAGCGGACUUUGUCAGUCACAAAGGAAAGUCGGUCCAGGGUCAUGGAUGAGCAGACGAAGAGGUUUCGCGGUCGGAGAGUCGCCGUGGCGAAGAAGGAAAACUUUGCUACCUGCUCACUGCGCCACACCGAGUGAUGAUGAGAGGGUAAGGUGGUCCAGCGUGAGGAAGUCAAGAAUCCAGGCUGAGGACGUCAAGAAUCCCGCUGCUGCUGUGUGCUGCUCUCUCUCCCACGGAGACUCGGAGUGCGGCAGAUGCGCGGUAUGAUGCUGCGAGUGACACCAACCUCCCGCUGCUGCCACAAUCCCGAGAAGCGCUCGUGAAUAGAAGAGAAGAGAAUGCCAGAAGUAGUGGAAGAGGACUGAAGGGAAGAGGAGGAAGAAGCAGACGACGGCGGUGAGGGGCAGCAGUCACAUUAUCCUCGCCCGGAUCGAUCCCAUUCACUCAUCACACCUCUUCUUUUUCCUCUUCUCCUUCUUUUUCUCCUUCUGCUGCUGCUUCACUCGACCUGCAGUCGUCUGCGGCUGUCGUCCACCGCAGCGAAUCACGAGCAUCAUCGCCGUCCUGAAACAACACGCCGACGAAACCCUGUCCGCGAUCCCUGCAUAUCCGCCGCCUGGGAAGCGCCUAUCUCCACUACUGACUACAUGUACACAUUCGCGACGCUUCGCCCGAGAGAACACCUUUCACAUGCGGCAGUAACAGCCUCCGCACUGCCUCAUCGCUUGCGAUCCAACGUACUCUAUGGCACAGUCUAUGGCACAGUCUACGGCACAGUCUUCGGCACAGUAAAGUCUUUCUAAAGCCGGCGAGGAUCCUCCACGCCGCAUCGUUCAACAUCGCCUUACCAUGGCACCCUGGCUUCGCUUUCUCGAGGCUUACCUCGUACAGGCUCUCCUGCGCUCUCCUGCUUUCCAUCGCGGCGUUGACAAGGUUGCUCAGCGAGUGCAUCGCUUCCGACAUGGACUGCCGCCGGAGGAGAUGGGCGGCACCAAGAUCGAUCAACCAGGCGAGUCGGGCUUCUCCAAACACUUUCUAGAUGAGAUGAAGACACAGUUGGGGUAUGCCGAGGAGAGGGAGGCGGGUCGAGUCACGAAGGAUAAGAGCGUGGAUGCGAGAAGAGAGAGAAGUCCUGUGAUCGAAGAGGAAGGCUCAGAUACUGCGUGGCAAAACGCUCGGAAGAGUGCGAGUGACAAGCCCAAGGCUGGCUUUAUGCAGGAGUAUAUGGACGCGCUGAGGGAGCAAGUCAAGAAGCAGAAGAAUGACAGAUGAUAAGGCCGCACAUUCAUGCUUUGCGAAAGCACAGUAGGUCAUUCCAAGACGAGACGAGCAUGGUCAUGUUGUCAUCCCUCGCUUCCACGAGGAGUCGUUGGAAGGACACCUUAAUGGACCUCUGCUGGAUCACUCUCGACUUGACGCAACCACAAGGCUCCUGUCUCUGCAUACGCUACGUAAAUUGCGGAGUUUCGGAUCAAAGGACAGACUUCGAUGCGAAGGCUUUAACAUGGUUGGAAGCGAAUGGUAAGCCGACCACUGCCGUUCUAAUACCGCAUGCAUGGAGUACGCUGGCAUCCCUGUGAAUGGUGCUGAUGACCUGAACAUUUCAGCAAGACUGGCAUCGGUCACGUGAUCUCGGGACAUCGUCCCGACUUCACCUGAUCUUGAAAACAUCGGGAUUUUCUAGGCGAACCACAACAUCACCUCGAUUCCGCCAGCUCCAAGGCCGACUUGGUCCACACCCGAUGCCAGCUCCGCGCAUGCGCUGUUGCAUGAACUUCUCCGCACUCAACGGACAUCUGCGAUCGAAGACGAGGCUCCAAAGAUAAGAUCUUCCCGCCCAUCCGAGCCGAACAUUCUCAAGAUUGGGAGGACAUUCUUGCAACAAGUCCGGGAGCAGUGGAAGAGGAGAGGCAAGUCUCGCAUCAUAUACUGCACGCGAGUGCUAUCGCGUUUGAGAAGGACUCGGCGGCGCAAUCGGGUGUUAACCAGAGAGGGAUAUCAAUUGCGAAAUAUUAGCAGACAAUUCCACCACAAACCUCACACGCUCGAGUCUCUUUUAUAGGCUGUUCCAACGUGUCGGCACUCGGUGGGCAGGUUGCGGCCGCCGGAUAUGAGAUGUGCAAGAGUCAUGUUGGCUAUGAGGACAAAAUUCACAUGUUUAACCGCGAAGCUUAUUGCUGAUGCCGCUGCUGCGUAUAGGUCGCUUUACGCCCAAGCUUCUUUCCCGCUGAGGACUCGGAAAGGGGGCUAGCGUGAGGGCAACUUGCACGCAUCUUCAUAAAAUGUACGCUGCCAACUCCCUCAACCGGCCAAAGCUACACAACAUCAGACAACAUAACAUCUGUCGCGCAUCGCACGCUCACAGUAAUAUCACAUCAUUUUUGCGCCACUCACACACGCACCACCACCACCACCAGCAAACUUCGAGUACCUCGACACAUCCAAUAACCAACACCAAACACCAAACAUUAUCACUCUUGCAGUGACAUCCACCGCCAAUCAAUCUACCAUGGCGCUUCCAACCACGCAAUCAGUCAGCGAUAAUUUCCGGUCUCUCCCUACCUGGCUCCCGCCGUCGGCAUCCAUUGAGCAAGAGAAUGAAAGAAAGAUGCGCGCAAAUGCUUCCAGCUCCCAAAAGCCCAAGCUAGCUUCUGUCGCUGCGACCUUCGGCGACAAUGAUCAGGAUACCACCGACUCGGCCGCCGCUACUGGGAGAUUUAUCCAGGAUCUCAGCAGCAGCCACAGGGUCACACCAACGAUGCCUUCCAAGCCCUGGCAACCAGCUCCGUGGAGCACCGAUGAGUGGCGCGAACAACAGAUCGCCGCGUGGCGCUUGCUGCAUAUCAACGGAACUUGGCAGGGUCGGGAGGAAGCGAACGCACACAUCCAGAAGUAUGAGACUGAAAGUGGAGACGCCUAUCACAACAAAACUGUUCAUGAAAGAAUGGCUGGCACAAGAAGAUCGCCUCGCUCAAAGAAACCGAGUGCUCGGCGCCAGGAUACUGAAGACCUUUACAGCGUUAGUCCGCAGGCGAAGAAGCCGGCUCGUGGCAAAGCUGGUGCUGCUAAACGGAAGACGAAGUCGAGGACCAACUUUGGUAUGGACGGCACCACAGACCCAGUCUCGCUAUCACCAUCUGAGAGCAGCGCGACUGAGCAUCACUUGGGAACUGGCGUCCAGCAAAAUGUCGCCAUCGACAGUAUGUUUAGCACUCCUGGUGCAGACAUACAACCAUUGUCUGGAAGUGCUCCCUUGCAGAACGACAGUGCUGUUCCGCCGCAGGCGUCCGGCCAGAGUUUGCAAGUUUUUCUCGGUCCCAAUGGCCAGAGGGGAAUUGCAUUUCCCCCAAUUUGUCCUUGCUUGAUCUGCCACAACUUGCGCAUGGGUAACGACGUGGACUCGCUGUCCUGGAUGGAUGCCCAUGUCCAAUUGAUGGCGGGCAAGAGGAUUAUCGAAGAGCUGAUCAAAAUGUAUUUCGCCGUCCCCGCUCACAUUGCGGCUCACAUCCAUUUGGAUCCUCCGCCAUGCGGAUGGUGUGAGGACAUAGAUGAAAAUGGGAAUACUUGGCGUGGUUGGAAUAUGCCAGUGGACACUGCUACUGCGCUCCCGUCGACGAGAAGACCAGGCACGCCUAAGCGACCGACUCCGGAGCCAUUCACGGAUGCCGAGGAAGAUAUUGAGCCUUCAAGAAAGAAGAAGAAAGCUUCUUGAGCAGCUAGACCUUCGCUGCGCAAGAGGUCGGAGGAUAAGCAGCAACAUGUACAUCUCCGCGCUUGAGUUUUUCAAAGUUAGGGAUCAUUCGCCGACAAAGGAGAGAAAGAGCGGCACGUGCAGCGCGGUCAGAAGCAGUCGCGAAAGAGAUCAAUCUCGAUGGCACUGCCUGGCAAGUGAAGGUCUGGUUGCUCUCACCUUGCAUUGCGUCUUGCGGCUUCCGAGGUCAGGAUCAACAUUCAUACGAGCGCAUCCAACCAUUCGCGUCCACAUCAUCCAUCAAGCACUUGUAGUUAGUCAACCCGCAUCCAUAAAUUUGAAAUCGCUAAUCGGAAAAAUUCGAACGACGAAAGCUGGUGCACCACAACCAGCUCAAGAUAGACUCGCUCUUGUCAUCGUCGCUCUCCCCGAGUCCUCCACUCGACCCCGACGAACGGGUCGUUCUCCCCUUCUCCAGAUAUGACCUCGACGGAACGAGGCCCACGACCGCUCACUCAUUGUUCGACAGAAAAGCAUUCGGUGUGGCAACGGGCGGAGGUAUCGAUGAUCCGAUCUCUAGCAUCGAGCGACCGUCGCCGAAGUCAUCACCCAAGUCUCCAAAGUCGCCCAUUAUCAACACAGAAGAAGUCAAGGGAGAACACAUACCUGCAGCCUGGCGCGAUGGUCAAUCACGCCUCUCCAAAAGCGCUAGAUUUUUCGGAAAGUCCCCAGUCAAGUACGAUGCAGACGGGCCUACAGCACUAGAGCAAUGGCAUCGCAUCAUCGACCGACCACAUGAAGAUGCUACUCUGACGCCCGCGCACAUCGAAGCAAGAACCACGCUUCUUGGGAAGGAGUUUCUGAAAUCGAAGCACAUGGAAUAGGAUCCGGAAAGGCAGGCCAGAAAAAAAGAGGAGGGCUUGCAUGAACGGCUACCCUACAAGAAACUGCGAGAGCCGAUCAGGUUUCUGGGUGCGCUGCGGGAUCUGGCAUCUGAGGACCGGGAGCAGAUCUCAAAGAGAACGGGCAAGAAGAGCUGGUGGACGAAACGGUAGGCUAUUCGGAGGCUCAAUGUUCGUGAGCGCGAGAAGGCGAAGGAGUUGAUUGAAAUGUGGGAUGCAGGGAUUGUGGUGGAUAAUAAGAAAGUUUGGCCGGAUUGGAGUGGUAGGGGAGGGUUGCCGGUUGUUCCAUGGAAGCCUGCUGGAGGGUACUGUUGGUUUGUGUAUGAGAUUGAGAAUUCGUUGUGAUUGUUGGGUCUUUCUUACUGAAUAAAAUUGGUACCGCGAGAGAUGCUACGACUUUUGUCUAGUGCACACUCUUCUGUCCGAGUGAUUGACUCGGUUUCAGCUCUCCCUCUCCUCGUUCUUCCUUUCACAUCUUCUCACCGGUACAAGACCUCGCUGCUCUAGAUCGCAACGGAUGUCUGGCCUUUAUAUUGUGCAGACUUCCCUCUUCUUUGAACUGCCAGCGGAGCUCCGACUCCAGAUCUACGAAUACGCGCUCACCGGCCACAACAUCCACAUCGUGAGACGCGGAUGCUAUCAGACAUUGGGCCGCACCGAAGCAGGAGGAUACUUCCGUCCGCAUGGACUGAUUGAGGAAGAGGACACUGGCUCACCAUCCGAACCGGACUCAGAGCCGCGCUUCUGGCAUUACUUCCGGCAUACCAUCUGCCAAUGUCCCGACAGCGACGACAGAGCCUAUCGAAGAUCGAAGGAACCGGAAGUAGAGCAAGACGGCUUGAUUUUGAACCCUAAUUGCUCGUACAGAGACCGGCAUGGUGAAUGUCUGGAUCGGAUCAAUAAUGGUCGCUGCGAGAGGUUGCCGUGGGAGCUAUUAAGAGUUUGUCGAUUGAUCCACCACGAGGCGGCACUGGUGCCCUAUGUCGGCAAUACUUUCAGCAUCUCUUCAGUAAGCAGUGCCAUCGGCGGGAGAGAGGCGAAUAUGUGGCUCUCCAAGGCGCUGAACCCGAAGCAACGACGAGCGAUACAAUCCAUAUGCAUGAUCCAAGACGACGACCUUCAGAUGCAUUCGAACGAACUCGCUUUUCAUGGAUUGAAGCAAGGUGUUGCCGAAACAUUGAUCGGCCUCAAGCAUCUGAGAUGGACCUUUGCAGCGAUGAGAUUGCCUGAUUGUCGUGAGAAGAUGCCCUAUCUUCCUGCCUUUCCCGCUGCCUCUGAAUUGACGGUACAAGUCAUUGUUGGCCAUAACCAGUAUGACAAGUGGGAGUUGGACUACGAUCGCGAGAAGGCAGAAAUCCUGGAAGAAGCCUUGCGUAAGAGGCGAGAGGCAGAGACUGAGUCGUCGAGCAAAGUGGAGCGAGAGCACAAGCCCCGCUCAAGCGAGAUUCCAAGCUGAAUGAGUAUAUCCUAUCUGUAGACAGCCUUGUGCUCAUGUGCAACAUGGUUAUCUCUAGUGAUGGUUACAUGAUGCAGAUGUUGCCAUGCACCCAUUCGCAACUGUGGGUGGCCUGUGCUCGAGCUAAGCUAGCUAGGCGGAUUUGCAUGUGAUUCCUUCGAGUAAGUGCGUGAGCGAGCUACUGACGUGCAGAUGGGUAAAACGGAACGCAGCAAGAGAUUGAAGACGACUGCAUUAUAUGAUAUGUCAUGAAGAUAUAUUGGUGUAAGUACAUACUGCGCUCAUAUGUAUGCUGUACGUACUCGUAUUCUCUUCCGCUUGAUUCGCUAGCGAGGCUCGCGUGAGAUGCUGAAACCAUACCAUGUUCUUCUAACUCGCGAACUCGUGUUAGAAUAGAUUCGAAAGCAGUUGCAUAUUCCAAAAGCAGGUUUUCGUGUUGCACCUUCUAUCCACCUCUUGGGUCGUCUUGGCGAGUGUGGCUUGGAGGCGAACCGCAGAUGUUCAGAUUCGUGAUGAGCGUGAUUGUCGUGAUUAUGCCGCCCUGUGCUCGUGAUUUGGACUUGAUUACCGCUUGAGUGCCGCGAGAGUGUCGGUCUGCGCUUUGCGUAUUUUACCUGGACUGAAACCUACGGUCGAAGUAGCGCGUGGUCCAGACAUAGGUGCUCUGUAGGGCGCUGUGCUCCGAGACCUUUGGUCCUGGUGGACACUUAUGCUCAUAGGUGCUGUUUGGCUCGAGCGUAGCCUCGAAGAAAUUCUCGCAGCGUGGACAGCGGAGACGAUGGAGGGUUGAAGUUGGUCGGUAGGCUCCAGGCGCAAGGCUGCGGCGGAUGGCUUCUCGCAGAUCGGAGUCGUUGCGGGCGGCCUCCUCGGCGGCGAUAUUCGAGCUCUUAAGCGCCUUGUCCAGCUGUUCCGGGCUGUAUUCGUCCUCUCCAGUGAGGUCGACGACUUCGUUGCCAAUCUUGGUGAGGUCGAUAAGAGGUGAGCUUUCGCGUUUGAUUGGGCGGAUUCUGUCGUUUUCAGCAGGUCGGAAAGACUCUGUGCGAUGGCGCUUGGCUUCACGGUCCUGUUGCGGCCGCGUGCUCUCCAAUGAGCGUCUGCUGACGGUGCCAGCUUCGCCGCCUUGGUUCGAUGAGCGACGGAAGUGGUUUCUGAUGUUGCGGUUCUCGAUUGAUGGCCACGUGCCGGGCAUACGAGCUCCCAGCAUGCCUACUCCUCCACUUCCAGACGGCGGACUACCGAAGUUGUCGUCGUCCAGGUCAGCGCUUGGCGAAGACGAAGGAGGGCGUCGCUGAUGUCCCAAACCGCCGUUACUACCGCCGUUGCCUCUACGGACGAAGAGGUCAUCAUCACUCUCCUCGUCGUCGCUGCCUCCCUCGUCGUUGACGUCCUCGUCGUUGUCGUCGCCGUCGACAGGGAAUGAGCCUUGAGGAGCUUGAGGGAGCGGUGCAGCGUUGCCAGGAGCGGCUUGAUCACCACCAUAAAGCACCUCGUCGUCGACAAAGCCUUCGUCUGCAUCAUCGUCGUCUGAACCAGAGUCCGAAUCCGAGUCUCCGCCCUCGCUGCCGCCCUCGCUACUGUCCUCGUCCUCACUGUCUUCUUCGACGUUUCGGAGCGGAGGCAGCGGUUCAAGCCCGAAAUGGACUCGUAAAGCGUUCCGCAGCCUCCUUUCUCCGCGCCUCUCAUUAUUCUCCUGCUCGUCGAAGAGCCACUGCUUAGUGUCAAGUGUGCUCCUGUUCAGUGCUUGGAUGAAUUUCUUCCUGCAGAGCUCACGGAAUUUGCGGCAGCGGUGCUUUUGAGCGAAGAUGUAGUUUAGACGGUGGGAAAGAAUUGCCUGCCUGUGGGACCUCGGCGGGCACGUGUGGCACUUUUCGGAGUUGGUGCAGCGGGCGUCGUAUUGACCAUGAUAGAUGAAGCACAUAAGAGCAUCCACAGAAGAUUGGCAAUUAUCUUCCGGGAAUGUCAUGUCGAGGCCACGGCGCUGUUGAUGUGUCAGUGGAAGAUGCAAUAUUGUCAGUGCAAAUCAUGCCUUACCUGCCAUCUGUCAUGUCGCUUUCGCAGGCGCCGUGAGGCUUCGCGAAUGUCGACAGUCCUACCGGUCCAUAUGCGGUUGCCGCAGGCGACUCUGCUAUUACCGUGCGGGUCGACCAGGGAAGUGUCGCGAUAGAUUAGGCGCUGUAUUUGGACGAGGGCAGUCGCUGGUUCCGCCAUUGUGGUUGCGACUGUGCUGGGUUUGCUAUUGUCUGCGAAGGUGUUCUGGUCAGUGUCGACAGACGACACGCAAGAAUUCAAGCCAGCAGACAAGAACAGAAGCAGUGGCCAAUGCUCGAGCUGACCGCUCUUCGCAUGUGAAGUCUCGGGGUCGAAUCUGAGUUGCCGUCACAUGUGAGCGUGGCGUAGCCUGUCAGUAUCGAGAACGGAGAUCAAUGAGAGUUCGUGAAAGCCACAGGCAUAAUGAUACAUCUGAGUCUUGCGUAAGUCUAUUGUCUAUCGAUUUAUUUGCUCUGCCACUGGAUAGUCAGUCCGACUGCGUGACUGCUACCAGAGUAAACCUGGGCCUGGGUGCUUCCAGAUGGGGUAGAAUCCGUCGAGAAGGCAUUGGAGUUGCUGUAGAGCAGAGUGCUGCCGUCUGAAGUGAAGACAGUGCUCGUGACGCUGGAGCCGCAUGAGAUAGCACCAGAUACGAUGCCGCAGUUGCCUUUGGAAGACUUCAACGUGAAGCCGUUGUCGGAUGAGGCGGCAGUGAAGGUCGCGCACGUGCCAGUUGUGUACCACGUGCCGGCGGAGAUGAGGCAGCCAUUCUUCUGGCUGCCACUAACGACGUUUAGGUAGCCGGAUCCGCUGAAAGUACCGCCGGUUGGGGAGGAAGUGGGAGAGGUGGUGGUGGAUGUUGGCGAGGAGCUGCUUGACUUCGGAAGGUACUUGAUGCCGCUGCUUGGGCAGGAAGAACUGGAGAGAGAGUCCGUAGCCACGAAGUCUCCAUUCUGAAGGGAACCGCGGACGUUGUAGAAGUACCAGACCUCGUCGAGCUCGCCAGAGGAGCAUCCGAGAUAGACGUUGUAGCCAAAGUUCUGCUUCAACGCGGACUGAAUUUGAGAUGAGGUAUAGGUAGUGCUGCUCGAAGGUGUGAUACCAGCAGCGGCCAGCCACUUGUAUGUUGGGAGGGAUUGAAAGAGCGACACAGUCCUAUUGAAGAAGUCUGGCACUUCCUCGGUGGGCUGGUAGUAGGUAUAGCAGUCCGGGUCCAGAGUAGAGAUGCAGGUUCCGUGCUUGCCCCAUUCGUGCUGCAUCACUGUCAGCCGUUUUCCAAGUCAAGGCUCUUGGAGAGUACAUACCUCCCAGAAGGUCUCUGCAGUACCGGAGUUGGGCAGCCAAUACGUCUGCAUGUAGCUCAAGAGGUCGUUCUGGCCGUACUGCUUCAAGAUAUCGGUGAUGUUGGUGUAUGCUCUGUUGUCGUCACAGUUGGAUUCGUAGGUGCCAUCACAGUUGUCGGGCUACAUUCACGACUCAGCAAAGUCCCACAUCACCCACGAUAGGUCACUAACCCAAAGUCCAUGAAUCGUCCACGAAUCGCCUGGUCCAACAGCCGGGCUGGUAUCCCAAAACUGAGUCUGCAACAGAGAGCCACCAGGGGCGUUGAAGCAGCAAAGAUUCGACACGGCAGAGGAGUUGUGGCAGGAAAGCUGAGGGGUGUUGCACUGAGCAGAGGCUCCUCCACUUGGCACGGCUCUAGGCAGGGCACUGUUCAUGCUCAUGCCCGUUCCCAGAACACUCUGGGCAGCGCCCAGCGCCGAGAGAGCAAUACCAUGGGUGAAAGAUCGUACAGAAGGCAUCUUGUCGGCGAGUAAGUCCAGCUUGUUGUUCGUCGCAAGAGCCUCUGGAAGGCGGGCUAGGGAGGCAUUUUGUAUGCGGGCAAGAAUCCAGGCCAUAAGGAGUUCCGCCGUGGUGCUGCUUCUGAUUCUGGUGGAUCGUCCGGGUGAGUUCGCAGCCAAUGCACAGUAAUAGCCGAACACGCAGCGCUGCGUUGGAGGUGGGAGAGUCGUGCUACUGCGUCAAGCGGCGAUUGGGAUCUUCCGCGCUCUUGAAGCUGCCGCUCCAAGUCAUCCAGUCAGUCACGCUGCCGUGUGGGUGGUGGGUGUGUGGUAGGUGUGUGGUAGGUGUGGUGGGUGCAUGAUCGGGGCUGGAUGAUCAGCAGGAACGGGCACACAGGCAGGCCGUCGGUGUCUCGCAGAUCCGUGCCAUCGAUCCCAUCAAUGAUUGGUUCCACUUUGAUUGAGGUCCGGCUGCGGCCCGUGUGCCGUCUCCCGCGCGAUCGAAGUGGCGUGAGUGGCUUGCGCUUGAUUGGUGAGCCAGGGCAGCUUGUGGCUCGCCGUCACCAUCGCCCUCCCCGUCUGCUGGUGAAGGAUGAUGAUGAUGGCCUUCAUCCCAUCAUGCUGCAAGUACUACAUCGCCAAGCUGUCCGGAACGGCCGACAAUGUCUGAAGGCCACAUCCGUCUUGACCGGUAGUCAUGCUCGUGGCUACAGCACGCCCGCGGGAUCCGGCUCGCUGUCCUCGCCCAUCAAAUUGUCCUCCAUCCCCGCUCCCCACGCCGGCGAGAUCACCGUCCUGUCCCUCAACCGACCCAAGGCGCGAAAUGCCAUCUCGAGACAGCUGCUGAGCGAGCUCAAGAACGUCGUGGAACAGCUUCACCGGGAGGGCAAGAAUACCAGCACAAGAGCCCUCAUCCUGGCGAGUGAGAGCGACGAUGCCUUCUGCGCGGGAGCAGACCUGAAAGAGCGACUGGACUUCACUGAACAAGAGUAUGCCGCGCCAGCUUGUUGCCCUUCUUAGCUUGACAUGCAAAGCCACAGAGCCAUCGCUAAGACUAGAUCCCCCGCAGCACCAAGGACUUCUUGAGGGACUUGCGAGGUACCUUCACGGCCAUCUCCACGCUGCCCAUUCCCACCAUCUCGGCCAUCAGUAGCACUGCAUUUGGCGGUGGACUCGAGCUGGCGUUAUGCACCAACUUUCGCGUGCUGGCUUCGACGGCCUCGGUUGGUCUGCCUGAAACGCGCCUAGCUAUUAUUCCUGGCGGUGGUGGUACUUACCGUCUCCCUGCCUUGGUUGGGACCAGCCGCGCGCGGGACAUGAUCCUCACGGGCAGAAGGGUGUCUGGAGAAGAGGCGUACUUCAUUGGUCUGGCCGACAGACUCGUACAGAUCACAGAGGAAGAGUUUGACGGUGCAGGUGUUGCCAGAGGCAAGGUGCUCGAGCAGGCGAUAGAGAUGGCGACCGUCAUCUGCGAAGGCGGUCCAGUCGCCAUCAGGGCAGCCAUGCAGGCCAUUCAAGGAUGGGAAAAGGGCGAGGCGAGCGAGAAUGCCGCGUAUGAGCUUGUCAUCCCGACACACGACAGGACCGAGGCUCUGAGAGCGUUCGGGGAAAAGAGGAAGCCUUCUUUCAAGGGCAAAUAGACCUCAGAUCUGUGGAUAUGUCAAUGAGAUACGUACGUGAAGAUGCUCAGGGAUGAAACAGGGACGAAACAGGCCGAUGUCCGCAGUCAUGACCAACUUUAUCAUCGAGGACCUUUUGGACUGACAGCGACGGCGACGUGUCAACGAUUGACCAGGGCAAACUUUUGGACAUGAACCUAAAGCAGAUGGUGAGCUCUCCAAGUUGACCUGUGAUAUGACAGCGCACGGUCCUGAUCGGGGCACCACGUGCAAGUUUCGUGACUUCCUACAACGAUUAACACUAAUUUAAUUUCAUAUCUUGAUCUCUGUAACAGACACUUCUUUGCUAGAAUAACACCACACAAUUAUCACAGUGCCUCAGGAUGUGCAGGUCGUGCCCAAGUUGCAACGCGCACGAGAGCGACACAGCUCUGACAGCAACAUGCAGCUCGUCCGCGCCUCGAUUACUCCGCCGACAUUCGCUACUACGCUUCAGCUCAUGAAAUCUACUUCGGACGCCGCGCUACUGGCCAGCGACGUGCCAAGGAAGCAAGAUCAAGAGCUGAGGGCCACCAGAAACAUUCCACCAACACCGACGGUCUUAGGGCUUCGAAUCCCGUAGGUCGAACGAGAGCACGAGCCUGACUGGGGCCAGCUGAGCGCUGUUAGCGGAAAUGGUGAUGGCUACACUUACAUCUACGCCAAUUCUUACCACAACGGCAUGGCCAACAUCCAAAGCAACCAGGUCGUUCUUGCCCAUGUUCCCAAGGCUCAAGUCUUCAACCUCAACACCUACGAAUACUGCCACGAAAGCUCAUUGACCAAGGACCGCAUCUACAUCUCGAACCUCAGCGAUAGCUCGGCCGAGAAUCUUGUCGGCCUCGACAAUGUCGAUCAAGAUACCGCUUUCUACUCCACCCACUACAAGACGUUCAUCUACUUCAACAUGGGCAUCAGCUUGGACAACCGCAACCUCUAUGCCUGGACUGCCGACAAUCCGCAGGGUGCUUGGAGCAACAGAAGCACUCUUUACAGCGACCCGCUUCCUGAACCACCAAGUGGAUUCGACUAUGGUGGAUACAUCGUGCCCAAGUUCAUGAGCUCGGAUGGCAAGACGAUCUUCCUUUCAUGGACCAGAGGUGCGUACUACAAGGCGGUCAUCGAGAUUGUAAGAUUCGAAAUCUUCUAUGUAUCGUGACGUGCUGACUAAAAUCAGACUUUUGCUUAAGGACAACACAAAUACAGUGGAAUUUUGCGGAGGAGCCCAAGUGCCCGGCGUGCAGAGACAGCUUCAUUGUCCAUUUGAUACUGACGAACGUAGAUGAGGUAUGCGAAGUAUGCCGAUUACACGAUCAAGAGCCACCGAUGACACUGUUUCGUUGCACCUUCGCUAAGCGCUCGCUUCAGGACUCGCAAUUGAAGAGCUGACAGAACUUGCUUGCUGAGUCAUGUCCGCAAGAGCACUUUCAAUUGCCAAAGGCAAGGCGCUCCGUGGGACUAGCGGCGGACGAUGAGAAAGCACGCCGAGAUGGAAGAGCUUCGCGUCGAUCACCCGCUGUUGCAAUGUUUCAAGAGCCGAAGCCAUUUCGGUAAGCUUCGUAUUUUCUCGAAGGUAUCGGAAGACCUUUUCGCCUUUGGUGCCUUUGGGUAGCAGCUUUGUCCAACUAAUGCCCGUCAGCCAAAAGCUUCGAUGAGUCUGCGCGGCAGGACGGGGCCUCACGUACUAAGUCUCAUCAAGACUAUGACCCAGGACAAGACAAACUCCUCGGCCAAGCUUCUGCUCUAGAUUCAGGUAUCUGUGGCCGCAAUUGUCCAUGCCGUCCACGAUUCUUUCAAGCCUCUUUGGAUUAACGUCCGGAAAGAAUUUGGUUUGGCAAACCGCUUGCGCGGUUUCGUAUGUCGAAUGACCGUCCCUCCUGGAACUCCUGACCUUCGCCAGCAAAAUGCAAGACAUACGUUUCACAAGCCGAGCCUAAAGGCCAUCGUGCUUGGCACGCAUAUAGCAUUCCACAACGUGGGCUGUGGGAUCAACGAUUGGACCCAGUCCUCCCUGAAACUCCCAAUCGCACCAGAAAGAUAGGGGAUUCUCCAUCCAUUGCUGAUAGCGGUCUCGGAACAGGAGAAGAGUGUCCUUGUCAGGGCCACGGUAUUCGAAGAAGUUCUGGUACCGGGCCUGAUCGUUCCCGUAUCGCUUUUUCAAGCGGUAGACCAUUCUUUUGGCUACAUCCGAGCGCUCACCGAGACGGUCAUCGAUCAUGGCUACCAAUUCGUCGAUCGCUUCAGCGGCCUAGCAAGAUUAAGGUCAGCCCGAGAUCUCUGGUUCGGCACGAUGCGUACCUCGCUCGUUGGCUUAGUGAGCAACUCAUUCACAGCGUCUCCAAGACGCUCGAGAGCUUCUUCGGAAGUCAUGUCCGUCGAUCCGGUUUCCCUCACCACGCCAGUGACACCACCAUCGUCCACCAGAGAUGACGAUGAAGCGAGGAGAUGGUGUGAAGAAACAAGAGAAUGCAGAGUCUAUCUGUUCGCACGGAAAAGAAAUACUCACGCUAGCAGUGUUCCUGGGUGUGCGGAUCCGGCUCCCAUUCGAAGAACUUCGAUGGUAGGAGCUAGGGAAUGAGCUGUGAGCGCAACAUGCAUGUGCCAGGAUUUAGCUCCUUCCCGGAGGACCUGAUUGGCUGAUCGACCACGCUAAAAAUCUGUACAGAAAGUUGAGUGAAGUUGGAAGCUUGGCUAGUACUUCGCUCCUGGAUCACUCUUUCUGUGCUCAUCGCACGAGAUGGAUGACGAAGUGUUCUGGCCAUCAUGUGAAAUAGUCGGUAUCUCGACUCUUGAGGUUGCAAUGGGUCUUUGUUGUUCACGGCUCUGCAACGUGGAUCCUCUCGGUCGCGUCUGCUACGACGAAAGCACAGCAACAUGACGAUUGCCACGACUGCUCGGCGAUGUAUAAUAACUCGGCAUCGACCGGUCUGAGGUCCUCGAGUGAGAAAUCGCACGUGCAAUGUCCUCGGAUACUCAACCCUUCCACCUCUCCAACAUGGACGGUCUCAGCGACGACGAUUACAGUCGAUGGGCAGAGUCCAAUCAAGAGUCAAUGAAGCCAGAUGUGGACGAUACAGACUUAUUCUUCUCCGCUUGCAAUUGGUACGGGGAGCGGUACUUCGAAUUCAUCAUGGCUCGAAGCAUCAUCCGCAAUGCCGCGCCCUCGAUGGGCUAUGGCGAGUUGAACGUAAAGUCAACGCAACUCGAAGAAUGUUAUUCACAGCUGAUAUGUUACAGGCCGAGUUCAAGCGAGCGAUGAUAGAGUUUCCAUUUUCAGAUUGUAUUGAAAAAGUUGAUGCGGUUCAAGCGAUCAACAUCCCAACGAACCCUCGCUCUCAAGAGCGAAAUCCCUACGCUACAUUCAUGACCAAGGUCGGAGGUGUCUUGAUACGCAAUGGCGACACAAAACCUAGCAGAAGUCUAGCAGGUCUGAUUGAAAGCCGCGGAACCGCCACAACACCAAUACCUGGAAAUCUCCCUCCUUCUCCGCCAACUUCAGUGGAUGGAGGUGUACACAUGGCCCAAUACACCGUCAAAUUGAACGAGUGGUGUGCUAAAUCGGGCAAACAUCGGAUCAAAUCGGAUCAAACAUUGAGCCUGGAUCCCCCGAAAUUUGAGGUGACGGUUUGCAUUGACGGGGAGCCUUUUACAGGGAGAGCAAGGUCAAAGAGGAUGGCGGAGCACUUUGCUACAAAAGAGGCCUGCGAGAGGCUGGAAAUCAAUGUGUAGAUUUCAUCGCACCGGAAAGAUGACAUAGCAGAGUUCGCAUGUCCUCCGGCUAUCCAGCGAGCCUCUGAGAUAUGCGCACGUAGUCUGUAUCGCACGUGAAGCCCGAUAGCCGCUAGCCGUGAAAAGCGCCGCCUAUAUUUCGCCUUCCCGCACCCACCCAUGACUUCAUUCAGCUUGCUUGUAGAGCUGGAGCUCACCGGUCGAGUUCCUGGAUGAAUGAAUACUCCAAUUCCGUCGACUAUCUGUCAAUGAUGAGUUCAAGCAGCAGCAUUAUCACUCAGAGUGCUUCUGAUGUGGAGGAACAAUUCUACGACACACUUUUCCUAAGGAAGCUUUUACAAGAUGUGCAAUUGGAUGAUAAGUCUCCUUCCAGAACAACUGCCCGUCGGGAAAGAAUAUCUCCACCCGAUUGGCAUCGGUUCCAAGACGAAGUGUGCUUGCUUUGCCAGUCUCACAGAGCAGGAGACAAUGUGUGUGCGAUAGGUCUUGAGCAAGCCGAUAGCGGCAAAACAAUAUGGCUUGCGACCAACUCAGGGAAUCCGACGGAUCAAAAGCUACAUCUGGAGAAGUCGAUCCGCACGCUGUGUAAUGGAAGGGAAACAGAGUUGCAAGACGCUUCCGCGGUUGCAGAUCAAAUCUUCUACGAUUCGCUGCGAUUCUGCGAUGACAGAGUGAGAAAUUACAGCAGGAUGCUGCGGAAGAUAUUAGAAGCUGUAGGGGAUGAUUUGAGUGGCAGUCAAAUUCAGGCCAGUGAGUACUAACGCUUCUAUAUCAUCAGCGAAUCAAGAAGGAGUCACUGAUCAGAAGAUAGACCACGACCUAUUGAGAGACAUCAGAUAUUUCGCGAGCCUAGAGAGACACGACGGAGAAGAUCAAGAGUCAUGCCUUGUGCGAAGACAUCAAGCAUGCCUAAAGGCCCAUUCGUUCGAAAGAUCAGCCGCGCAUGCUACACUAUGUGGACUGAUAUCAGCUAGCAAACUGCCCUACAGCUCAGUGCGGCACUACAUUGGGCGCUUGGGGUCGUGGCGUAGAGCAUCGCUUUUUGUGGCACACAAAGUCAACGAGUAUUCCAAUCGGCUCGAGAAUGCCAAGGUCUGCCUCAUCCCGUAUUCGAGAGGACUGCCGAAACGAAAACCGACCACGACUGCUCCAGAUCUAGAGACCCUUCUAGCCCGGACCCUACCGCGAGUCGGUCAAUCCAAAGACCUCAUGGCAAAAGCCGUCAAGACUCUAUCGGCUAGUGCGGAGAGCUUCGAGACAUUCCGCAAAGCGUCACUAGCUCCUCUGGCACAUGCAGAAGCUGCUGUGGCUGGACACUUCCAUUCCAAGAAGCUUCGCUUUGUGGAUGACGACCAGUAUAUUGGCUGUAGCAAAACGUCAUGUUGUGCUUGCGGUCUCUAUCUGAAGCAUUUGCCAUACAAUCUCCAUAUGCGACCAACCCAUGGCAACGUGUACUUGCAUUGGGGCCUUCCGCGAUCGAAGGAUAGCAGCGAGAGUGGUCGAGAGAGCGAUUUGACUAUUCUUCGACGAAUGACCUAUGAUCUACAGCAGGACGUUCAAGCCCGCGUCUUUGGGCCUGAUCUCGGGCAGAAACAAAGAUUCGACUCCACAACCGGAAUGACUUGGUGCGCUUGAGCAAUGACACAAGAGAUCAAGUAAAGGCAGCGGUUCCCUGUACCACUAUAUGAGACUUGGCUGUCGAUUAAAUUUCAAUCAUUCGCCGAGUAUGAGUGGAAUCAUCGAGUGUUGUAGGAUCUUUUGCCAACUUGAACCUGAACGAGUGUUUGUGGCUGCAAUGAGCCUCCGUCGGACAAACCCUCUCUUUCACUCCUUCCUCCCUUCGCUCAGUCGCGGACAAAUGCGCAUUGCUCGAAGUGCAGUCGAGCGCAUCUACUUCUUGUUACCAGAGCUGUUGCCUCCACUUGCAGGAUUGUUGCCGGCGUUGGCGGCGUUGGCGUUCUUGUCCCCGGCGGCUUGAGCUCUGCUAGCGAAUUGUUCGUCCUUGCCGGCCUGACAUCUAUUAGUCCUGGUCAUGGAGGAUGGCAAUUCUUCCAAACGGCACCUGUGAGGACUGGAUGCGAGACGCAUCAGACUUGGUCAUCUGCUCAGGCAUGAUGGCUAAAUUCGGAAUUGAUUGCUUGGGCUCCUUUGAUCGUGGAAUUUGAGUAGAGGUUCUGGGUCGCUUUGGAAGACUGAAGAUUUCGUCGUCUUUGGUGGUCUACUUAAGUAUUCUGUAAUCCCAUUUGAAGAAUGGUAUCAUCAUGAGGUAUCUUGCUGCACAACCUCCUCGUUCAUUGGGGUUCUUUGCGUCUCAACGACAUGAAGUUAUCUAUCUCCAUGUCUUGUCGCACAGCUAUAUAUUGAGGCGAAUCCGUGCGGAGUUUUAGCGUCGGUCUGUAUGCCUCUCGGCCUCCUGGUCCACUUUGAAAAUCCCCCUGCAUCUUCUCGGGGAAUAUUCUCGGCGGUUGUUGAAGUACUUAUCAAGCACAUUGCUUACAAUACGCCGUAGGAUGGACGUUCAAUUCGUCGUGAUUGUACUUGAACACGUAGGAUAUCUUGUCGGUCGUGGUUUCCUGCUUUGGACGAUCGUGCAAUCUGCGUGCAUCCUGGUACAUGCUAUCGUUGUUUGUGGUGGCGACGAUGUGCUGUUCCUUUGGCCGGAAGAUGUUUAAUCGAAGGAACCGUAGGCGUUAUUCUGUUGUGGGUUCGUCGACGUUCAUUGCAUAUAAGUCCUUCAGCAGCCUUCCCGGCAAGGACACUGGCCUGCUUCCGUCAUAAAUUCUCUUGGCGUCGUGAAGUGCAUGCCUUCUCGCUGGUACUGAGACAUGCUUCUUGCGAACUCAUUCUGGUCCUGGAAAUGACAGCUCUUCCCAAUAUCGGUAUACCUGCACACGUGAGCUUGUCCUUGAUUACUCGUCUGCGAAGGGGAGUGAUGUUCAAAUCGUUCAUUCGGGACAUACUGCAACAAUAGUGGGUCCCAUGGGCAUUUCGUGCCAACACCACCAAACACCGUGAACUCCCUUGCAAUCCUUCAAACUCCACGAACACCGCACUGUACAUUCCCAUAAACAGGAAGCGAGACCUUACUCAGACUUGCUCUUCUUCUUUUUCUUCUUGAUCUGCUCGUCCGGUACCUCACCACCUGCAAGUACCUCGGACUUCCGCUUCUCCUUCUUCUCCUUCUUCAGCUUGGCCUUGAUGUCGUCCUCAUCCACGUCCAUCUUGGCCUCGGUUUCAAGCUUCUUCGCCUUCUUCGCUGCUUUCUUCGCUGCCUUGGCAUCGUCUGCGUCAGCCAUCUCGACGUCUUCCGACUUCGACUUCUUCUUCUUCUCUUUGCGCUGCUUCUGCUCGACGGCGCCUGCAGUGACGCCUGGCGCGGCGAUCUCCUCGUCGGCGCGAAUCGCAGAUGGAUCUGCGACGUUGAUGGAAUCUAAUGCGGCGUCCAUGGCGGCUUUCUGUAGAUGUGUUAGCGUGAUUUCGCGGCGUCCUUGUGAAAGAACAUACCAUCGCAUCUGCAUUCUUGGUUGGAUUGAUGCCCUCGGCGUAGAAUUGUAAUCUCUCGUCCACCUGCGCUCUCAGUGCCUCGCCGAAUUUCCUUGUGGGUGCCUGGCUGAAGUUGUCGAUUCGAGAUGCGAUAGAGGUCUUGUUAGCGAGGAACCUUGAUAUUCUGCCCUUGUUCUUCUGACCAGCGCGACCGAUGAAUGAAGAGUGGUAGAUCAGACCGUACUUGGGCGUGUUGCCCUUCGUCUUGAGUGCUCUGAAGAGAGCCUUCUCGGCACCCAGGAUCUGAACAGUCGAGGCUGGGUAUUUGGCGAGGUUGGCGAGCGAUCCGGCGUGCGAGAUGAGACGAGCACCGACUGUCUCGCCGAUGAGUGCGGCCAGGUUGGGAGCGACAGUGCCCAUCUUGGCUACCAGGUAGUUGCCAAGUUGUUUGCGAUAUGCUGUAAGCUCGGCAGUGCGCUUCGCGAACAUCAUGACGUUCUCCAUGUCAGCCUCCGAGAUGUCCUGUCCCAUUGAUACUCGCGCGGCCUCAAUGAUCGCUCGCGCGACACUCUCGUCAUCAUCAACAAGCUUGGCCAGGUCAUGCAGGCUGUCGUCCGAGAGGGUCUUCUUGUCGCCGAUGAAAAGAGCACACUGGGCGUACUUUUGAUUCUCGCUGACGAUUCGGACAAGCUCUGGGAAGUGCCAGCCGUACCAUUCACGGACUCUCAUGGAGAAGGUAUUGACCGCCUUGUCCAGUUGGUCGAUUGUCGCGAUUGCCUGAAUGAUGUGGUUGUCGUUCUUCUGUACGCUGAACUUGACCUUACCGCGCGAAUAGGCGUGUCCAAGACCAAGCUGGGCGCGCGAGAUAUCGCCAGCCUGUAAGUCCUUCAGCAGCUUCUCGGCGUGCAAUCUGAUUCCUCGCAAGAGGUCGGCUGCGACUUCGCUGGUCUCUGGCGUCUCAAGAUCCAGACCCGGGAACCCGCCCUUGAUGCUGUUGGCCAAGUUCUUGUCACCCACACCGAGUGAUACCUUGCUCUUCUUGCCAGCUUUGGGCAGGUUCGCUUCGAGUGUAGUGCGCAGAUAGUCGCUCAUGAUGCCCUCGGAGACUUCGUUGGCAUUCUCCAAUGCAUGACCAGCUCCAGACCAUGGCGCAAAGGAGACGAGCUCGACCAUCUUGCCGAAUUUGCUCAGGUCUUCAUGCGCAUCUUGAACUUCCUUCAGGCGGGCACCAACAGUGUCUGCUUGCAGCUUCACCUUGAACACGGCGUAUCCCACUGAGGAUUCGUGGAGGAGGUAGUCGACGCCCGACAUGGUGGGCAAUCAAUAGGACUCGUCCGGUGUCGUGUGCGAAUGAGAUAUGGUGACGGCGUGUUCCGGGUUGGAUUAAUUGUCCAUGUGCCUUAUCCUCUGCUGUCUGUUGCGGAUGCUUCGAAUUUGGAGCUCGCAAAAAUUCGAGCUCGUGAAGCAUCGGCCUGCCACGGUCCGAGCCGAAGAUUCCGCCAAGGGCCUCCAACGCAGCAGCUGCCAUUGGCCGUUGGCAACAACACCUCCGGUCUGAAGCGCAUCACAGCGACCUCCUCACCCAAUACCACGCCCUCACCACCGCAAUCAUGCCUCAGGACAUGCCGCCCACGGGCGGCUACGAGCCUGUCCAAUACCGUCGAAACCUCCCCGUCCGCGGCUUCAGACCCGCGUACUACCUCGCCGCCGUCGCCGGCAUCAUGACAUACGGCUUUUACAGAGUCGGCCAGGGAAUCAGAGAGCAAAAGUAAGGGGGCUUAUAUGCACGCGGAAGACACGGAGAACAGAUCAUAUCUGACCAAGACGGUUUAGCGAAUUGGCACGUGAAAAGAUGUGGUCACGAAUCUACCUCAACCCUCUACUACAGGCCGAGGAGGACCGCGAUGUCGUGCGGAGACACUUCGCGCAGGAAAAGAUGGAGGAGGAGCUUCUGGGCAAGAAAGUCCCAGUAUACAACAGCGACAAGUAUGGAAUCCUCGGGGCUUCAAUUCCAUGGGACAUGUUUCAAACGAUACUGACUGUGGAUAGGUUCGUGCGGCCGACAUACGCCGUGACUCCCUCGAAUGUAACGAAAUAGAUGCAAAACCCAAGCUCACAAAGCUCAUUUGUACAUAUCAUGGAGUUCAGGAAUGUUUCAAACGGGACGGUAUCUUGAUGGUCGCUAAUCCAAUGCGAUUCACGCAACAUCAAGGUGUAUAGCUUUUGCGUGAGAGUCCGCAGACUGAAGGGCAUACUACAUGGUCGAGAUGGACGAUGCUGCAGACAGCGAGAAUUGCAUCGCGAUACAGGAGGUAGGUCAGUGACGUGGCCUAUCAUCUUCGAGAGUGUCGGGUCACGUCAUCUGGGAUUAAGGACAACACCCAAUCUUGAGGUUAUGGACGUUGAGCCGAGGUUUCUGGUGCGAUUCAUUAAGACGACGUCUGCUACUGAAUGUUGAUUGACCUUCGAGGACUUUCUCUGUAGCUACAUUGCACUGCUGAUGACAACCUGAGGGUUAUCCGCAGCAUUCAUUCAGGUCUCAAGUCUCGACCUGCCACGCAACGGACUUGCUGGCCCUGGAUAUUCCGAUUACCGCGCGGCAAGGCGAGAGAAUUCGAUCGCAAUACUCCACGUCAGCGAGAUGGCGACUCCCGGAUGUGGCUGGAUUGGCGUUGACACUGACAACCUUCAUGUGUUGACCCGGCACUCGUUGCGCAACAAGGCCAAUUCCCAUGUCCCGCGUUGCGCAACACGGCCGGGUCGGCCGACUGCGUUUGCACCUGCGUGCCAACCCAACGGCAUGGCUCUUCCGGACUGUCAAGAGCAGUCGAGGCAUACGAUAACGAUUGAGCAUCGGUGAAUUUUCUCCGUGAGACGUUUCCGCUACCAUUAGCACUUUCGAGCAGGUCCACUAUCAUGGUUCAUGAAUUCAUGACACUAUAGGCACACAACACCAGUGUCUGUUAGCGUUGCUGUUUCAUGUCGCAUCGAUAUCGUUCGCGGCAACAUUCACUUUCCAUUGGUUCUGUUCCCGUGGACGGCGCAAGCUAUCCAGCAUCUAUGAGCCAUAAUAUAUAUACAUCGCUUCUGGCCACCUUUGGAUCACAACACGUCGCCGCCUCCUGUCCUCCGAACUGCACCUUUUCUCAUCAGAACUAGAUCACCUUAGUUGCAACUACCACCUACUGCAACUCGCGCUCUGCCUCUCCACGACAGGCAGUCAAUCGACAAAAGACCGAGCUGUCCUAAUAAGUACGCACCACCGACCAUGGCUCUAUCGACGAGCACUCCGCCGAACCACAAACGACCAGCCUCUGCAGACAGUUCUGACCAGCCACACGCCAAACGCCAGGCUAUGAGCAAGACUGCCCAACCCGCCGACGUUCGCAACCACUUCAACCUGAGCAAGCCAGCUGCUUCAAAGGCCAAGAUGCCUACAGCUACUGGCCCAACAUCAUGCGGCCCUACGAAAGCGAUCGAGAACAAGAAGGCCGCACUGGUGAAGCCUCAGCUCCGCCCCAAGGCCAAGGGAGCCAUCCGCACCUCGUCAACUCUCGGCAACACCAAUAUCAACGAACCAUACCUCUCCCUCAGCAAAGCAGGACGUAAAGAGCGUGACGAAGCUCUGGCUUCCAUUGCGCACAACCUGGGCAUCAAGAUCCAAACCACGAAUACCUUCUUCCGCCGCGAGAAUCAACCCGAUGGACUCCCCAAUCACCCGCUGGACUGCUGCACGCCCUUUCUGCACAACUUUGCCGCUUUGUCGUAUCGUAUCAAGGAUAGGGAUGAGAUGUUCAAGGCGUUGAAAAAGGCCGCUAGGGAGAUCACACGCAAGACGGAUGGAAAACUUGCCGCGGAGGAUAUCAAGGAGGCCGAGGCGUUGUGGAGGAUCGAUCAAGCUGUUGAGGAAGAAGCUGCAAAGAAGAAGAAGGAUGCUGCGCCCUGCCAGUGCCAGUGCCAGUGCCAGUCGAAAUACAAGGAAGAGAAGGCUUGAUGGCGGCGACAAGCACCAUUACGGGUUGUCGCCGACGCAGCGUCUUACCUCGUCUAUGCAAAAAGUGUGUUUAUGAAUGGGCAACGGGAAACCUGACGGAAACGAUAUUAGAUGUCAUCUGAUGUAUGGCAUGCCGAAGGCUAUGAGAAGGACAUUAAUGAAGACGCCAGAAUAUCUGGAGUCACGUUAGCUUGACCGUAGCAAGACGUAUUACGAUGGAAUGAAUCUGCAACUUGCCAUAGCAGGACCUCUCUCAAACUGCAAAAAAAGGGACGCGUGGUGGCCACACAACGCUCUCACAGACGUGAUCAAGCCUAUACAUAUGUUGCUGGGUCUUGUUUAUCUCCUGCAUGUAACGAUAUUCAUUGAUUGCUGGGCUGUCUGACUAGAUAGGUAGAUCCCAUCAUUUGACAGGCUGCCAACCUGAUCCAGCUCCAUAUUCGAAAGUGAAUCUAUGAGUGUCGCAGUCUCAAGAGGCGAGCAACAAGCUCAUAGGUUCGUGCUCGCCGUGACCCCUUACGAAGGGCAAAUCAGAUCAAACAAAUCCAGCAUGCUCAAUAAAAGUCCCUCAGAUGCAAUCGCGGCCCGUACAUCGCGGUUCCAGUUCUAUCAGACUCAUUGCAUCACAUUCUCCUCGCUCAAAGCAUCGAUCAUCUCCACCAGCUCGCUCGGAUCGUUGAAAACAUGCCAAAGUGGCCGAUCAAGACCUUUGAAUGCUUGCUCGAAUCGCUCCGUAGAGUUCUUGCUCUUCUCGUCCAUCUCAGCAAUACCGGUGACUCGACGAAUGAAAAUUGCUUUAACCCAUCCAGGAAACUUGCGUGCAAUAUCGCCAUAGCUUUCUGGGUCCGACUGAGUGCUGUUACCGAUGCAAACAAAACGUCUGUGAGGGAACCAAGAGUGGAUUUUGACCAUGCGGUCCACUUUGUAGGCUUCUGUGCCUUCGUUGAGGGAUGCGAUGAGGCCACCAAGAUUCUGCCAGCUUGCGUCGCGGAGCAUCAUUGUGCCUUGUGGGUAGUGCCGCUCUCGAAAAUUGCGCAAGAAAGGGUACAGGUUGUAUGGACUGGCUGACAGGUAGAAGAAGGGUGGUGUUUGAAGAGUGGAUUGAAUGUGCGCAUAAAGAGCCGGCAUUCCUUCAACUGGCUCCGGAUGUUCGACGAUGAAAGUACUGUGAAGAAUGCCGGUGGGAGAGGGCGUCAUUGUCACUUUGAUCGUAUCGUCGAUGCUGCGAUUAGAUGUCAGUCGUGAGCGUUGUAUGUUAACAUCUACCGUAGGCACCACGUACUCGCUAAUGACGCCCCAGCCACGUUCUUCGGCGGCGAUCGUGGUGCUGGGAAUGCCGAAGGGCGGAGGCAACGAUACAGGGUGCGACUGGAAAUGUCGAGUAGUUGUUGGGUCGAAGUGCAGUUGAUGCAGGCCAGAGCUGAUUCCGGAGUAUGACGAUGGGCCUAGUAUUUGCUGCUCCUUGUCGUCGAUGGAGAUGCGUAGCUUGCGCUUUGGAAGGACAGAUUCGACGAAGGGUUGUAGACGAUCAGAUAUACGUUUGUGGGUGGCAGUCUGGUCCAGUCAGCUGCUGUCGGGAAAUCAUAGCUCAAAUUCGUAUGAAUACUAGACGUACGUCGUCGUCGGAGACUUGCAGCUCCUUUGCGAUACGGUUCACAACACGGGCUACAUCACGACCGGAGUUCUUGAUGAAGUAGCAGGCGACGAAUUCCACCUCCCAGCCACUACCCGCUCGGACAGGCUGCACCAAGCCAUCUUCUCCUAUCCGUGCAGGUUGCGCGUCGCUCUUGUCCACCAGCUGGCCCAGACUGGGUCGUUUGUCACCCGGCUGAGGUGUCCUGAACGCGGUGUUGUCCAGAAUCCAGACCGUGUGAAUCGCAGGGUCGAUGGGCUGCGUCUUGGUCCAGGGGAGUACCAGGGGGAAACGGUCGAAGAGGUCGGGCAUGUUGUGGCGUAGAUCCUCUGGCACUUCGGGGGAGAAGGGAGAGUCGUCCUCGAUGCCAGUGCUCUGGAGGACGUCGACCGUGGCACGGCGGCCCACGUCGAGUAUUUCAUUAAAGAAGUCCAUGUUGGGUGUAGACGUCUAUCGGUGCAGUAUGACCAUGACAGGUCUAGGAAAUGAUGUCUGGAGGGCACGUGACACUCUUCAGGCGCGUACCAUACCUCUCCAUCCAAAUCAGCCAGUCCGGACGCGACUUGGCUCGGUGUCAAGCUUAGAGAGCCUGGCGACAGCGAGAGACACGGCAACAGCAGCUGGAAAUUUUCUUGCGCAACAAAGCCGGCGAGCGAAGUCGUUACUGGUAUGGCUUGAGCCUCAACAGACGAGAGGCCGGCGGGUUGCGGGGACAUGGGUCCACCUGCAGGAACAGAGACGCGCAGUCUCGUGAUGUCGACAUCCAGGAGGGCAUCUUCACGUGUCUGCAACAGAUGUUGUGGGUGCCGACGUGCCGAUUCACACGCCUCUCCGUUGAUAUGGACAGGAUCAUGUCGAUUCGGAAAGGGCAAGCAUGUCCUCUCGCUGCAAGUGGGAUGUUUCACUCCAUCCUGUUAGUAAGCAGCUCGGGUUCGGGCUGCCGUGCGCUGCGAGUUCACGGGCUGUCAACCACUGGAUGAUUGACAUCGACAUUACUGGAGUUACCUAGGGGACGGACGGCCUGUGGAAACGACAUACACGACCCAGAGAAUAUGCGACGAACGCGGUGACCUUGACAAACGAACGCGACCAUCACGAGCUCAUGAAUGCGCUACCGAAGAGCGACCCAGAGCCCCUACCUCCCGCGAAUGUCCCUCCAUCAAAUAUGACCUCGUCCUUCGCCAACUUCGCUGGCUCUGAGCUGCCAUCCAGCGCACUCGCCUUCAUCGACAAUGUAUCUGCCUCUUUUCAGAAGAUCCCAGGCUCCGCCAUCGUGAUCCGAUAUAUCCGCUCCUCCUAUCAGAACGACCCAGUCCGCAGCGUCAUCGAGUUGAUCCUCUUCGUCUUCGCUGUGCGCUAUCUCCUUGCUCCUUCGUACAGCACCAAGAAGACGAAGAAUGUGCCAUUGACAGAGGAUGAGAUCGAUGAAUUGGUGGAAGAUUGGACCCCAGAACCUUUGGCGAGCGAAGAGACGGAAUUCGAGAAGCUGCAGAACGAGAAGCUGCCAGUCAUAGUUGGGCCAGCAGGCGCCAAAACCAAGCUACAGAAUGGACGAACAGUCACCAACUUGGCAAGCUACAAUCACUACAACUUCGCCUCCAAUCCAGAGCUCACGGCCAAAGCGGUGAAUACUGUGCGAACUUACGGUGUUGGGCCCUGCUCGCCUCCUGGCUUUUACGGAACACAGGACGUGCACAUGAAGAGCGAGGCGGACAUCGCCGCACACUUGGGUAUGCCGGCUGCCAUUAUCUACGCGCAAAGCUUCUCGACCGUCAGCAGUGUUAUCCCAGCUUUCAGCAAAAGAGGUGACGUUAUAGUUGCAGACAAGGCGGUCAACUAUCCCAUUCGAAAAGGACUCCAAAUUUCCCGAAGCACGGUCAGAUGGUAUGAGCAUAACGAUAUGGAAGAUCUGGAGCGCGUGCUAGCAAAGGUCGUGAAGGAAGGCCACGGUAAACCGCUAACAAGACGUUUCAUUGUCACGGAGGGUCUGUUCGAGAACGUUGGAGAUGUUGUGGACCUGCCGAAACUCAUCGAGCUGAAGCUCAAGUACAAGUUCCGUGCGAUCCUGGACGAGACUUGGUCGUAUGGAAUCCUGGGCCGUACUGGAAAGGGCGUCACCGAACACCAGAACGUCGAUCCUAACAAUGUUGACAUGAUCAUUGGUGGUCUGGCCGGUUGCAUGUCAAGCGGUGGAGGCUUUUGCGCGGGUAGUGAGGAGAUUGUGGAGCAUCAGCGAUUGUCAGCCGCGGCGUACACAUUUUCCGCGGCGUUGCCUGCACUUCUGGCCACCACUGCAUCGGAGACAGUCACGAUCCUGCAAGAGGAGCCGUCCAUCAUUCAGAAUCUGCGUGAGAACAUUCGGGCUAUGAGAGCCCAGCUCGAUCCUCGCAGCGACUGGGUCCGGUGUACAAGCGCUGCUGAGAAUCCUGUGGUGCUACUUGUAUUGAAGGACCAACAUAUCCGAGAUAGAGGCCUUUCGAGGGCUGACCAAGAACAUCUGUUUCAAGACUGCGUGGACGAAGUAAGUCGAGAUGAAGUUUCUUAUCCCUUUCCGUGCUGACUCCGCCUCUCAGUGCCUCGCGAAUGGCGUUCUCAUUACGCGUUUGAAGUCCAUGCCUCUGGCUCUAGGGAUGGCGCCCAAGGAUCUGGAGAAAGAGUGGCAGCCUCGAGCGGCGUUGAAGGUGUGUAUCACGACUGGACUGUCGAAGAAGGAGACGGAAAAGGCGGGCAUCAUCAUUCGCCAUGCCAUCACCACGGUCAUGAAGGGGAAGAGGUGGCAAUCUGGCAGCCUGAGUACGGUGUGA